CUGCAAAUCUCGCGGUAUUUCGAGUGCAGCUCUCGCGGCCCUGUUGGAGAGCUGGCUGCCCGGGCUCGCAGUGAUGCCUGAGACCGGUGGGAUUCGGACGUUGUUAGUGCGGCAUCUCCCGGACGAGCUGAGCCCGGAGGAGCAGCGAGUCCUGUUAGAGAAGAGCGGGGCCGACAGUGUGCGGUUGUGCUCCGGUAGAACCCGAGGAAGCUUGGUGAGAGGCGGGAGGGAGGGGGUGAAUGAAUGGAGAGACCACCAGGGUCCCUGAAAUGGCAGGAACAGCCAGCAAUAAACAUAAUAUAACACCACUCUGUCUUACUGCCUCACAGAGGGGGAAAUAAUACUAAGAAAUAAUAUAUGGCAGGAACAGCCAGCAAUAAACAUAAUAUAACACCACUCUGUCUUACUGCCUCACAGAGGGGGAAAUAAUACUAAGAAAUAAUAUAUAUAUACAUAGUAACAACAUUGCUGGUGUUGAAAUGUGAAACAUUUAAAGUACAUUUUUGGGUUGUUUUAGUGUUGCCUAAUUAUUGUGAACCAAGCUAGAACUAGUUAUUCACCAUCAUGUUUAGGUUAAAGGGACACUCCAGACACCCAGACCACUUCUGCCCAUUGGAGUGGUCUGGGUGCCAACUCCCACUACCUUUAACCCUGCAACUGUAAUUAUUGCAGUUUUUUAUAAACUGCAAUAUUUACAUUGCAGGGUUAACUCCUCCUCUAGUGGCUGUCUAGCAGACAGCCACUAGAGGGAACUUCCGGGUUUAUAGCACGCUAUGUGAGGAUCUCCAGCGUUGCUAAAUUCCCCAUAGGAAAGUAUUGAAAACAUGCGCAUUAGGUCUCCCCUGUCGCUGGCCGCGCAUGCGCAUUAGGUCUUCCCUGCAGGAUGACGUGGGCGGACCCUUAACCAGCGUCGAGGAUGGGGGGUGGGAGGGACAGGGGACCUGCAGUGCCGCGAAAACGGUUUGUUUUCCUGUCACUAGAGAACCUCUUUAAGUAUGUUGUUUUUUUUUUUUACCCUGUAAUGUUGAUGCAUUUGGGUGGCAAUUAGACUGGUGAAACCUAUAGAGAGUGUGUGUGUACAGUAUACAUAUUUAACCCCAUAUUUAAUAGUCUAAUUCAGGGCUUCAAAAUUUUUCUUUGAAUCUAAGAGCCAGUUUAAAAAAAAAGUAAACUCCAUGUAUUUUUUUUUUUUUUUUUGUAGCAACAAAAAUAGCAAAUCUUAAAGGGACACUGUCGUCACCAGAACCACAACAGCUUAAAGGAGCACUAUAGUGCCAGGAAAACAAACUCGUUUUCCUGGCACAUAGGGUCAUUAGGUUACCCCACCCUCAGGGUCCCCGUCCCGCUGGGCUGAAGGAGUUAAAACCCCUUCAGCCACUUACCUUUCUCCAGCGCCGGGCUCCCUUUGUACUGGGCAACCCUCCACCCCCUGCCGAUGUCAGAUCCGAAUGUGCAUUACUCAAUGCUUUCCUAUGGACGUCCAGCUUCUUCUUACUGCGUUUUUCACUGUGAGAAUUGCGGAAGCGCCUCUAGCGGCUGUCAGUGAGACAGCCCCUAGAGGCUGGAUUAACCCUCAGUGAAACAUAGCAGUUUCUCUGAAACUAUGUAACACUUCUAAUGGCAGUCACUCAGAUGCAGCACCUAUGUCCAGCGUCAGAUGCAACACCUAUGUCUCCACACUCUGCAUGGAUACGCAAAACAUUCCUUAUGGAGAUUCAUUGCUUCAGUGCAUGCAUAUGAGGAGAUGCUGAUUGAUGCAGUGUGGUGUUUUUCUGUGCUUACACAAUAGCCUUCCAGAUUGAGAUCAUCAAGAUUGGUGAUCUCAUCCAUGGAGACUGUGCCAGUUGCAGCAACACCAACAUGGGGGAAAAAAAUACACUAUAAUGUUCCUUUAAAUGUACACAUAAAGACUACUAGAACCAAACGUCAUGGGCGUUUUACUUAUGCAGAUAAUUUAUUCUGAUAUCUCACCCCAGAUGUUUUGUGCAAUGCAUCAGUUUUUUUUCACUUGUCUUUUUGUGGCCAUGAACUUGCGUUGUAUUUUUAGAAUUCUAGUACCAAUACUAACACGCUAACUGAGUAGACACACUCACUCACUGACAGACACACACACAUUCUCUCACACACUCAAAUAAUUAUUUGUUUUAUUUUAAAUUAUGUCCAAUCAGCCUCCCUACCUUUGGGAGAGCUAGAGUGGAUCCUUUCUUUAGAGUCCAGCAAAGCUGCUGUAAUCUUUUUGCCCUGCUCCCUCGCACACGUGUAGUGAUGCCAAGGCCGGAGUGACUUCAUAUGCCUGGUAUCACUGCAGGGCACGCGAGGAAGAACAGCAGGAAGAUUACAGCUCCAUUCCGCACAGCCGCCCACCUUGGUGGCCAGCUCUUGGGUCCCCCGUGACUGAUGGAACACAGAGGGCCCGGUUGCGCUCAUGUGACCCCUGUAAUUUUGCCAUUGCACCGGCAGGCAUCAGUUCAGUGUUGAACGGGCUGACAAAACACCCAGGCACCAAGACAAAAUUCAACAUGGCAACCUAGUGCCUGUGAUUUUUCUAGCCCUGGUCUAAUGUAACACAAAUAAAUUUUAUAUAGUUGCUUAUUUGGUAAACAUUUUGUGCAUACAUUCACUAUAAUUGUUGUUGUCUUUUUGUGUUUCAGAAAAAUGCUGCCUUUGCAACAUACCCAAAUGAAUUUGCUGCUACAAAGGUUUGUACUAUAUUGGAUUACUCACAAAAUAAGAAAUGCAUUGUUAAUCUCAAAGGUAAUCUCUAAUAUUUACGUAAAUCACAAUGGAAAAUAGUUUAAAGGAGAGGUUGCUGCACAUAUGCAUAAUGUGUAUUCCUUGGCCAUUUCAGGGUUUGUUCAUGUUACAAUCUAAGGAUGUGUGAUCAGGAUCACAGGGGCAAAAGAUUUGAUUUGACUGAUUCAUAUUAACAGUAUAUCAAAGACUGGUCUUAUUUUUUAAAUGAUCCAUUGAAUCUUUAAAAAUUGUCACAUUUAAGUUGAUACUUUAUGGUGUAUUCCAGUUAACCUAUUUUAUUUAGGUGUGUGUGUGUGUGUAUAUAUAUUUUAUUUAUUUUUAUUUUUUUUUUGAAAAUAGUAAUCAGUUCAUAUAAAGUAAAAUUGUCUAUGUUGACUCAAGUUGGGGUAAUGGUCAUUCUUCAAGCUUGCAUCCUAUUCAUUCAACUUAUAUAGUGGUUCCAUUCUCCUCUUUCAACUUCCAAUUCUGUUACUGACCCACUAUGUCACUUGGAUACUUUAAAGGGCCACUGUCCCCAGAUUCUCUGUCAAUCAUUUCCAAACAGAUUGACAAAUCCCCUAGAUGACAAUAGACCGUCCCCAUGCUUAAUGAAUUACCAGCGCAGUGUCAGUUUUAAUGCAAUGCAUAGAGCAAGGGCUCUGGCUUCGGAUGCCUGGAGGACCCGAAACUUUUGUUGGAUUCAAAACCUGUGAAUUACUUCUGUAUCUUCUUAGCAUCAUAAUCACUACAACAGGCCGGUGAUGUUGCUUUUAGAGUGCCCUUUGAGCACAAUAAAACUAAUAUAAUUAUAAAACGUGGCGUGAGUGUUUUUUUUUGCUAACUACAUUUUUCUGAGACAUUGUAAUUCAGAUGUUACGUUUUGUGUUUCAAAUUGCAGGCGCUGUCUAUUCUUCACCAGCUAAAUGUUUUGGGUCAUACCCUCGUGGCUGAGUAUGCCAAAGAAAAUCAUGUUCAUUUACCAGACCAACCCUCGAUCUCUGAGAAAAAGAAAAGGUUUGUAAAUAUUUUAUGGUAAGGCAGGUCUUGACAAAUUUGUUUGGAAUACAAUUUACUAUAGUGGUUCUGGUAUCUAUAUCCUGUCCCUGUAGGUUUUUCAAUGUAAAAGAGAAAGGGCAGUGUUUACUGUGGUGCCUAGUGACAGUCGCUCCGUUGGCCAACAGAGAUUAUUCCUAAUUCAGUGCUGCACCGCAUGAAGCAUCUAUGUUCAGCGUCUCCACGCUCUGCAUGGAGGUGCUGAAUGCUCCCCAUAGAGAUGCGUUAAAUCACUGCAUCGCUAUGAUGAGAUGUUGAUUUGCGCAGUGCGUAGUUUUGCCGCACAUGUGCAAUACUUUUACCAAUGUUUUCCUAUGGGGAAAGCAAUGGCUUGGCUGAGAUCAUCAACAUUGAUGAUCUCAGCCAUGGAGAAAUGGCCAGCCACUGUUAGACAUGGCGUGGGAAAAAAAGUGAGUAAAAACAACUUUCCCAUGCGAUCUGAAGCUGACCGGUAAAUUAAACAGAUACACACUCACUGACAAACACACACGUUUUCUUAUACACUCACAAUUUACUAUUAUUUUUAAAAUAAAGUCCACCCAGCUUCUCUACCUUUGGGGUCCAAUGUUUCUGCUGUGAUCUUCAAGCUCUUCUUGCAUUGCUCUCUUGCACACUGUUUUGUGAUCUGGGGCUGGAGUGACAUCAUAUUCCAGAUCAAGGCAUCACUAAACGGCGUGCGAGGGUGCAUAACAAGAACUGUAGGAAGAUUAAUGUUCCUUUGGCGGUCCCUCUCCAUGCUCCCUCCGCUGUCGGCAUCCGCUGAAAGGUCUACCUAACACCCAGGCACCAGGACAGAUUCAUAGUCGCCAUGACUAUGGUAAGGCAUUAAUCACAAAUGGCAGUUUUACAGUAUUUCUUGACUAGGAUCUUUGCAGUUAAUUUGAAACAUCUAACACCAUAACUAAUUUAGGUAUUCAUGAUGCUUCCUUCUAAAGUACUACUGAAAAGUUAAAUUAAAAAAAUUAACAUCCAUUUAGGUCCUCCCAGUAUGUACGUGUAAUAGAAUAGCAUAUGUCUCUAUUUGUUUUGUUUGCUCCCAAUUACAGUGAAAUAUUUGUUGCAUGACUUAACAUUUUAAUUUUUUUAUUUUAGUGCAGAGAAGGCAGCGGAUGAAAAAGAUGUGAAACCUCCAAACCAAGUCUCUAUUGAAAGAGGGAUAGCUCCAAAACAUGGGUUUGUACCUGCUUUUUUAAACAACAAUUUGUCUUCCUACCCUAAGGGAUUUCUUUUCCAAACAGUGAACUGAACGGUCAUAUCUGAGUAUGGAAUAUGUAGACCAUAUUAGCAAUGAAAAUCACCAUCAUUCCUUUGUUUGGUCUUUUUCAGUUUACAUGUCUUUGUGAAAACAUUGCUAUGACCUUAAUUUAGUUGUAACAUGUCCUGAAUGUUCCCUCUGCAUGAGAGAUACAGAUACCUCAGACAAUUGGCCUUCUUCGGGCCUCAUCUACAAGGUGUUGCUGAUACCCCUCCCGAGUCCCGCCACCGUGAGCACAGGGUCAACCUCUAUACAGAUAUGCAAAGGGAACUUGCCGUCAUUUAUUUAGUAUCUACACUGUGCUUUUUGACAUGAUCAGUCUGAUAUGCAAAUGUUUUCUUUAUAUUGUCACAACUGAGCAAAAACUUUUGCCUAUUCUUAAAGUUAUCACACUCCUUUUUGAAAAAACUUGUCCCGUCCCCCACCUCUCCCAAAAAAACAAUGUUUUUCAAAUUCAAAAAAAUCCAUGUUAUUGCAUAACUCUUAGGCACAGCUGUGAAAGCAGAACUAUAUGGUCUUGGGUGAGAAAACAGGUGUGAACUGAUAGCUAGUUAUAUAUUCUAUUCAGUUUUGGUUAUGUAACAGUUUCUCUAAAUAUAGUUUUGCUUUUAUAUAUACACACUUGUUGAAAAAUAACUCCAAGGUUUCCGUGGAAGUGAUUUGCGUUGAUGUGCAUUCUAUCAUCAUGCAUUUAUGCAAUAUAGAUAUAUAUAAUUUAUUUUUAAUUUUUUUUUUACUUCAAAAUGCAUGUUAAUUUCAGUAAUAGAAAAAACAAAACUAAUUAGCACAGUUAAACCAACAUAUUACAUAGUCUAAAAAGUUAGUUCCCAUAAUUUAAAAUCCAUUGCUUUAUGACUGUAAAAAUGUUAAAACGUGGCUUUUAUUAGUACAUAAAAAAACACUAACCGGAUUAUUCACAAAAGUGAUAAUUGUCUCGAAUCUUAAGAGAAUUUAAAAUGUAAAGCCAUAUCCAUACGUGACUUUGAUAUUUUUUCCAGGUCAUUGAUAUUUUUUUUUUUUUUGGGGGGGGGGAGCCUAUAAUUUGAAAAUCACUUUCAAUUCCCCACAAUCCUCACUUUAGUAAAUAAUCCUGUAAAAACUGUGUAUUGGUGCUUUCCAUGUACUGUUAUAUAAUAAUUCCUAAACCACCUCUGGCCUGUGGUGAGAUUUUGCAUAGAGUUCUUUUCGUUUGUCAUGAACAGCAAAGUAGAAGCUUAAAGGGACACUAAAGGCACAAAACAACUUCGGUCAAUGAGAUGCUUUAGUGUAUAAAUCAAGUCCUGAAGUCUUACUUUGUCAUUUCUCUACCAUUUUGGAGUUAAAUCUUUGUUUUUGCAGUUUUACCCAUACCUCCCCUGGCUGAGACUGACACAGUGGAUCCUAAACACUUACUGAAAAAAUUGUCUACAUGUUUAGUCUCUAUUAUUGCAUAGUGCAUUCAAUUUAGAAAUUCAUAUUUCCUGCUCUGGGUUUGGGUUGCAUAAAGAAAAGUUAAUUAACUCCCAAAUGGCAGGGAAUUGAGCAGUGAGACUGCUGAUUGGCACAGCUUUUUGGUGUAAUAGAGCACUAGACUCUCAAUGCUUUGCUAUGGGAAAGCAUUUGGAGUAGCUGCGGUAAUCCCAGCAAAGGAGGCGGGGCCAGAUGCAGACAGAGCAGCGUGGAGUGGGAUAAAAGGUGAGUGGACUAAUUCUUAACCCUGCAGAAUGGUCUCCUAAAUGUUGACUUGGACACUAUUGUGUUGGGAAUACAUAUUUGUAUUCCUAAAGCUAUAGAGUAGUGGUUCUGGUGCCUAUAGCAUGUCCCUGCAGGCUCGGCAAUUGAAACACUGCCUCGUUUACUUUUUUUUUUUUUUUUGAGGGUUUCUGCAGAGACAAGUAUAAAACACACGUUUUGUGCUGGUGCAGCCAUCGUCUCUUGCACUUGUACAUCACCUUGGCAAUGUUGUGUGAGCAUAUGCACAUUAAGGCAUUCCUUCCAUUAAGCUAUAAGCAUCCACAUUCCGUCAUGGACUAUGCUGUGUCACAAAGUUCAUAAUGAUUUUACAUUGCAUGCCAGACUGUGCCUUCACAUCUUGUACAAUAUAAAUGGAAGAAACAUACUGUUUUUGCAACAUUGUUUUAUUUAUUCAUUAGGUGCCUUAUUUAUAUGUUCUACUUUUUUUUUUCUCUCUCUCUCUCAGACUUGUCUUUCCCAUAAAAUCCAGUCUAAAGUACCUGUACCCACCACCAACCAGUACCAUUCUUGCAAACAUUGCAAAUGCUUUAGCCAGUGUCCCAAAAUUCUAUGUACAGGUAAGACUAUUACUAUGAUUUAUAUUAAUUACAAAGAUGGGGUGCUUGACUAGAGCCUUGGACACUGACAUAGCUGUUUGGAAAACUAAUUUUCACAAAUAAAAUCUGAAUGGAAAAAAUGAGGCAAAAAUAGCUGAAUGGUAAAUAUUCUCUAACUUUGCUAUAAUUAGAGCAUGUGUAUUUUUGCUUCAGGUUUGCAAUUUAGAUGCAUUUUGCAAAAAAUUCAGUCAUAGUGUGUGUUUUACAGCUGCAUAUAAAACUGUGCAUACUGCCUGCAUGUGAUGUGAUUGUGUGUGUGUGUGUGUGUGGUGUGCACUGUGUGUGUGUGAUGUGCACUGUGUGUGUGUGAUGUGCACUGUGUGUGUGUGGUGUGCACUGUGUGUGUGUGUGGUGUGCACUGUGUGUGUGUGUGUGUGGUGUGCACUGUGCUGGUGUGUGUGUGUGGUGUGCACUGUGUGUGUGUGUGUGGUUGUGCUGUGUGUGUGUGUGUGUGGUGUGCGCUGUGUGUGUGUGUGGUGUGCUGUGUGUGGUGUGCGCUGUGUUGUGUGUGUGUGUGGUUGAUGUGUGGUUGUUGCUGUGUGCUGUGUGUGUGGUGUGCGCUGUGUGUUGGUUGUGUUGCUGUGUUGGUGGUUGGUGGUUAUGUGUGUGGUUGUUGCUGUGUGUGUGUGUUGUGCUGUGUGUGGUUGAUUGCUGUGUGUUGUUGUUGUUGGUUGUUGCUGUGUGUGUGUGUGUGUGGUUGUGCUUUUGUUGUUGUUGGUGAUUAUUGUGUGCACUGCCUGUGUGUGUGUGUGUGUGGUGUGCACUGCCUGUGUGUGUGUGUGUGUGUGCACUGCUGUGUGUGUGUGUGUGUGGUGUGCACUGCCUGUGUGUGUGUGUGUGUGGUGUGCACUGCCUGUGUGUGUGUGUGUGGUGUGCACUGCCUGUGUGUGUGUGUGUGUGUAGUGUGCACUGCCUGUGUGUGUGUGUGGUGUGCACUGUGUGUGUGUGUGUGUGUGUGUGUGAGUGUGCACACUGUGUGUGUGUGUGUGGUGUGCACUGCCUGUGUGUGUGUGUGUGGUGUGCACUGCCUGCGUGUGUGUGUGGUGUGCACUGUCUGCCUGUGUGUGUGUGGUGUGCACUGCCUGCAUGUGGUGUGUGUGUGUGGUGUGCACUGCCUGCCUGCAUGUGAUGUGUGUGGUGUGCACUGCCUGCCUGCCUGCAUGUGAUGUGUGUGUGUGUGUAUGUUUGUGUUAGUGUGUGUGUGUGUGUGUGUGUGGUGAGCUUUCUGUGUGUGAUGUGAUGUGUGUGUGUGUGUGUGUGUGUGUGUGUGUGUGUGGUGUACUUUUCUACUGCCUGCAUGUGAUGUGUGUGUGUGUGUGUGUGUGUGGUGUGCACUGCAUGUGAUGUGUGUGUGUGUGUGUGUGGUGUGCACUGCCUGCAUGUGGUGUGUGUGUGUGUGUGUGGUGUGCACUGCCUGCAUGUGAUGUGAUGUGUGUGUGUGUGUGCGUGGUGUGCACUGCCUGCAUGUGAUGUGAUGUGUGUGUGUGGUGUGCACUGCCUGCAUGUGAUGUGUGUGUACUUAUAUGCAGGUUUAUAUAGAUACAAAACAUGUAUACUAAAAUAUAUAUAUAUAUAUAUAUAUAUAUAUAUAUAUAUAUAUAUAUAUAUGUAUACUAAUAUACAUAUAUAUGCAUAAUACUCUAGUUAAGUAUAAAUUUUUUAAUUUAUUCAAACCUUGUCCUCACUAACCUACACAAUUUUUUUCUUUGCACAUACACUCUAACACAAAAUCUAUGACCCACACACUGUCAUUCUGAUACACAUACCCACAAACAUACACUCUCUGACCCAUACACAUACUCCACACAGUAACUAACACACCGAUGCACAUACUAAACAGGGCCGCAUUGUAUCUUUCACUUUAGCAGCAGCUUUCAUGUUCGUGCAGUUUGUCCCCUUCCCUUGUAUUUCCUCCAUGCAGAGUGCUGGCUGCCGGGAUAUGACGUUGUACUGUAUUCUGGUGGCCAUAAACUCUGUGCGUCGUGAGGAUGUUCCUCACACCUCAUUAUGCCUGUCAGUCUUCUGCAGCACCUAGCUGGUUGUAGGUGAAGUUGGACAGUCAUUCCUCUACACCAAGUACACCAUCCCUCCCUCCCCUUCUCUCCUAAUUUGCCCGACAAUAAAUUGAACUGAAAAAAUAUGCACCCAGAACUAUAUAUCCUGAGCAUCAGCUGAAAUGCCACAUCCUUGACUUAUAUGAAAGCUAAAGUAAAAGGACUUAGUCCUCAUGAAGCAUAACCUUCAUGGAAUUUAUGUGUUUAUUGUUUCUUCAUGUUUUUCGAAAUAAGAAGAGCCCUGAAUAACUAUGGUACAAACAAGAUUUAUUUUAUUGUAACUUUUCUUAUCAAGUUUGACUCAAAGGUUAAAAAAAUAAAUUAAAAGAAUUCCACUGCAGCCCUGGUUAAAGUCUUUGCCAAAGUCUGUGCCUUCCCAGUUUAGCCAGGCAGUCUCCUAUAUAAAACGUAUGACAAGAAGUUUACAAAGAAUCUGGCACUAGGCUUUUGCAGCUCUGUUGGAAAAGAAGUGAUCUGUAAUAUCCACAUGCAAAAUAAAAGUACAUUUUACUAUCAUUUAAAGCCACAACCUAUAUUUGUAGGUAAAGUCACUCGCCCUAAGGAUAAAUCAGGAGAAAAAUUUCACUUUGCAUACUCAAGGGCAGUGGUGCCCAAAAGGUAUAUCCCCAGAUGUUGUAGAACUACAACUCCCAUGUUGCUUUGCAUGCAUUAAGAAUGCCAAAACCUUGUGGAAGCUGCAGUUUUAAAACAUCUGGGGAUCUAUCUUUUGGGCCAUACAUGUAUGGAUAUAAAGAAACAAUAUCUAGCCCCCUUGGUUCCCCCUAAAUAAAGUAAAACCUUUAUUCCAGUCUGCCGGUGCUGGCUCUGCCCCUGAUCCACCUCCUUGGCUGACAUCAUCAGAAGUUAUAUCACCUAAUCAAAAUGCUUUCCCGUAGAAAAGCAUUGAAUUGGCUGACAUGGUCAAUCCUGAUGAUCUCAGCUAAAGAGGCAGACCUGGGGUCAGUGGCAAAGCCGCCCUGGCCAAGCAGCAUCUCCUCAUAGAGAUGAUAGAGAUGCAUUGAAUUCAGUGCAGAGGGUGGAGACACUGAAUGUCAGUGGUGCAUACUGUGCAGCACUGCCCCAGUAAGCACCUCUAGUAGCCAUCUGAGGAAAGGCUACUUGAGGUGUCCCUACGCUGUAAUGUAAACACUGGCUUUUCUCUGAAAAAAGUGUUUACUGCAAAAUGCCUACAUAGACUCACUAUACUCACCAGAACUACUCUGGUGACUGUAGUGUCCCUUUAAGUAAAUGUGUGGUUGCUUUUGUGUGUGUGUGUGUGUGUGUGUGUGUGUGUGUGUGUGUGUGUGUGUGUAUAUAUGUAUAUAUAUAUGUAUGUGUAUAUGUAUGUAUAUAUAUAUAUAUAUAUAUAUAUAUAUAUAUAUCUCUCUCUCAGUAUACACACCUUCCAAAACAGAAUGCUUGCCCUGGGCAUUUUUUUAAAAUUACAUUAUUAUUCAGCAGUUAAAUCAGAGAUACUUAUAAAUUGCUUUUCGAAUGUCGCUCAAUAAACCUAAUGACCUAAAAAAGCAUUGUGGAAAAUGUAGUUUGCCAACAUCUGGUUUGCCAAGGUUAUAUAUUACUUACUUAGGGACUACAGUCUGUUUGUUUGCUAUGGGUAAUUAGUCGGUUAUGACCUUGGCAUACUUUGUAUUAUGUAAUUCUAGCCCGAAAAAAUGCGAACAAACCAAAGCACUGGAUCAAUUUUUUUUAAAAGUGUUUUUUUUUUUUUUUGUGCUGGGGGGGGGAUUAUUGCGUUAAUUUGCCUUAUAAUAACUUACCUCUGCUUUAAGUAACUGUGUCUAUGGAGUUUUAUUUAACUUUUUCCCAAACUGUAAAACUUAGCAUACCAGAUCCGUAAUUAUACUGUGACCCUUCAGAUGCAUAAGAGUUGUCCAUGCACCCAGAGUGGUCGUAGAAUAUAUUUGAUCAUGGAUUCCUACAUCUGGUUUGCUAAGUAGGGUAAAUAAUUUCUCUUUUAGCAAGUGUUGCAUAAGGUGCAAUAUUAAGGAAAAUGUAUUCAUACUUACUAUACUUUUCUUUUCCUGCAUAGAUCCAUGUAAGGUUUUUGCCUUAGGUUCAUUAUAGGCAUACAAGAAACACAAGCUUAAUAAAGCAGUCGUGGUGUAUAGAUAAUGCCUCUACAGUCUCACUGCUCCAUUUUCUGCCAUUUAGGAGUUAGAUCAGUUUUGUUUCUGUCCAUGCAGCUCUAGCCACACAUCCCCUUGCUGUGGCUGACUCAGCUUGCAUGGGAAAAGAAAAAAGUUUUACUUUCAAUCAGAUGUUUAUUUUCGUUAGACAUUUGUAUCUCCUGCUCUAUAAAUUGAACUUUAAUCACACAGUGUCUAGCAAGUUGUUAACAGAGCAGGAGAUAAAUUCUAAAUUAAACAUACUGGUCAAUAAAGGAAGUGUAAACAUUGGAUCUCUCCUUACAGAGAGUGUUUAGUGCUUAUGCAAGUCCAUGCAAGGACGUGUGACUAGGGCUAUAUAAACAAAGUGAUUAAAUCCUAAAUGGUAGAGAAAUGAGCAAAUAAAUAUUGAGAGUAUAUGUAGGCAACACAAACGCAUAAAAAUGCCAGUAAGCAACUCAAAUCUUUACAUGCAACACUAGUGUAUAGUGAUCAGAAAGCAGGACACAGGCAAUGCAGGAGCUGGAAUUGGGUAGCCAACAGUCUGCCACCCACUCAGUAUAAUGGCUAUCUACUUUCAAAUAUGAGGACGGGACAUGUCCUUCUGUUAUUGGCAAAUGCCGUCAUCGUUGGAAUCCCAGCCUCAUAUUGCUGCAAUUUUGCUGUCGAUGGUCUACCAACGUGCAUGCGCAGCCGCAUUUCUGCUUCUCACCGAAAUGUGACCCAAAUGGCAUUUCGGAACACCGAGUGCGUCUGAGAUAGGCGAAGUAAAAUAAAAGUCCAGAAUAAGCAGCAAGGGCUUUCUUGAACGGUUUUAAGGGUGUCCCCAAACACACUAUGUAUACCAAUGCCCAUAUCCCCCAGCGAGCUACCCUUAGAUAGGAGCUUCGUGCUGGCUCUUAAGUCCACAUAAAAUUAAUUCUCCCAGGGAAACUCGAGCAUACCAGCUGCCUUUUAAACCAAAGAUAAAACAAAAAUGGUAGUUCCCUUCAGUAACCAUGAGGACAGGAAAAAGACUGAGGGCUAGAAGAGGGAAGCUCUCUUUCUAAUCUUUAUUUCUACUUCCUGUCCCGUUAGUGAUGACAUGGAUUGUCCAGAAAAUAUUUUCGUAAUCUGUUAUUACUUUUUUCUUUUUGAGGAAUGAUAACUAACAAACAUUUACUCUAUAGGUGCUGCAUUUAAUGAAUAAGAUGAAUCUGCCAGCUCCCUUUGGGCCUCUUACCACACAACCUCCUUUGGUGAGUGACAAUGUUAUCUUUCAUUUUAUUAUUGUGUUAUGAUUAUUUAUGCAGCUUAAAGCUUAAGAUAAAAUCAUGAUUGUGAAACCAAUAAUAGCAAGUAAAAUUACAAUAGAAAAUACUUCUUGAAUCAUGCACUUGGAAGUUCUAAAUAUUGCAGAUUACUUUAAGGUGUUGUCACCCCGCCCCACAUUUCAGUUACUAUAAAACUACAAUGCUUUAUAUUGCAAGGUUACAAUGCCUGAUCCACUUCACCCAGACCAUUUUAUUGAGAUCAAGUUGAUUGGCUGACUUAACUGGUCCUUUAAUGGGGUAAUAGGUUAAAUAAAUAAGGCUUAAUACAUGGUUUUGACUUCCAGCUGUCAUAUACUAUUAUUCUUUUGCUUUGGCUUUGCAUGCAGUAUGCGGACUACUUGGCUAUUCCGACACCGUACCCACCUGUCCCGCCUGACCUUCCUGAGAACCCACCACUGCCAGAGUUGGAUGAUGAUUAUGACAUGGAAGUCUCUAGCAGAGAAGAGUCAGAAUAUGAAAGCUGUGAUGAUGACGAAAAAGAGAGGUCAGUGAUUUAUUUGUAUAUAGUGAGACAUUGUAAAGGGUAUAAGAAUUUUUGCAGAGCAAAUUAUAUUGUUACCUGAUCUUCACCUCAAUGCAACAUGCAAAUUCUACUGAGUGCUUUAUUAUUAUUAUUAUUAUUAUUAUUGCCAUUUAUAUAGCGCCAACACAUUCCGUAGCGCUUUACAAUAUUAUGAGAGGGGGCAUUUAACAAUAAAUGGGACAAUUACAAAAACUUACAGGAACGAUAGGUUGGAGAGGACCCUGCUCAAGCGAGCUUACAUUCUAUAGGAGGUGGGGUGUAAAACACAAUAGGACAGGAAAUAUCAAUCAGGGUGGGAGUGAAGCAGAGCUGGAGGAGAGAGUAGAAUGCUGCCCUUUAGUAGAGCGCAAGAGACAGGUAUGUGAGGUAGAGGUUAGUCUGGGAGGCCGUAAGCUUUCUUAAAGAGAUGGGUUUUAAGGCACUUCUUAAAAGAUGCAAGACUAGGGGAGAGUCUGAUGGCGGUAGGCAGGCUGUUCCAUAGGAAGGGAGCUGCCCGCGAGAAGUCAUGCAAGCGUGAGUUGGCCAUACGGGUGCGAACAACGGACAGGAGGUGGUCACGGGCAGAGCGGAGAGACCGAGAAGGGACAUGCCUAUGGAUCUGUGAAGAGAUAUGAGGGGCUAGAGUUAUUCAGUGCUUUAUAGGUGUGAAUUAGUACCUUGAAUUGACUCCUAUAGCAUACAGGAAGCCAAUAUAAGACCUUACAGAGGGGUGAGGUGAGAGAACCGACUAGAGAGGAAAAUCAGUCUGGCGGCAGCAUUCAUAAUGGACUGUAGUGGUGCAGUACGGCUUUUGAGAAGACCAAUCAGGAGUGGGUUACAAUAAUCCAUGCAGGAAAUUACUAGAGCAUGGACAAGCUCCUUGGUAGUAUCUUGCGUAAGAAAGGGGCGGAUGUGGGCCAUGUUUUUACAUAUUAAAGGGAAUCUAUAGUCCCAAAAACAAUCACAGCUUGUAAACAUUGCAUUUUCAAAGUCAUACUUUAGUGACUGUAACUAGGACAGCCACUAGAGUGACUUAUUUGUUUGCUCCUGAAAAGAUUGCAGGAACAAAGUUCAGCAUUUCUUGAAUGCUCUGUGAUUUGCUGCGCAUGUGCACUAACUAACCAAUAAAUCCCUGUUAGGAAGCAUCAAGAUUGAUGAUUAUGUAAUCUUCUUGGCAAUAAGAGAAGCGUCAUGAAUAUAAUUUACAUUUUAAAAAAAAUAUAUACAUAUAUAGAUUUCUUUAUUUUCUUAGAGAUUAACGGUCAUGAUACAUUACUAUUAUAACAUGUAUGAUGUUUGGUGCCAAAAUAGGCUGCUUAUCUGCAUAUAUGCAUAAACAAUUUUGUUUAUUUUUUAUCUUGUGUAUGGGAAUAUGUUCCAGUUAAAUAUUUUAUUAACAGAUUGGGCAAUCAUUUUUUAGAAAUUCUAAAUUUUGCAAUGGUAUAAUGUUUGCCUUGUUUGGGUUUCAUUUAUAUGAUGUAAAAUAGAUGUUGGAAAGAAGUGAUAGCGGGAGAACAAACUGCUAAAAUGACUGGUAUGAAUUUUAACUCGUCCAAUUUAGGGUUGCUCGUUUAAAGGAACUGGCGGAACUACUACCCAAGAGACGAAAAGUAGCCAAGCAACCUCGUCCUCGGAAAAAAAUGAAAAUAAAAGACCUCAUAGUAACACCUACUGUACCACACAAGUAAGUUGAGUGCAUUUUUCCAUUCUGGUGAAAUAUGGCCUGUCAAUAAGGUACUUUUAAAACUGUCACUCUGAAAUCUUUAUUUGAGUUCAAGCAACCGCUGAUUGCUGGCUCAGCAGAUCACCUGGUCUACAGAGUCCUCAAACCUGUGGCACCAUGAUACACAAAAAGACGUGCGUGACAAAGGUGACUCUGUAAACAAGUUAACCAGAUUUUGCCAGAUAGCUUGCACCUGCUUUCUUGGACUAAACUUUAAAGCCAGGCAUUAAUAAAUAAGGCGACCCAGUGAAUAGGGGAGUGCAAUGAUCAAGUUUACACAUCAGUGGGGGCUGCAAGAGAUCAUCAGGACAUCAUCACUGGAAAAUUUAAUUUCUUGGACUGGUGGAAGCAACAAUCAAUCACCUAGAACCAACAAACAUUCACAUAGAACCAUACUGCAUGUUACAUAAACCAAUACCUAAUUAUUACCUUCUGGGUUCUCCAUUCAAAGAACAACAUUUGGAUCACUGCAAUGUUAGUUUUGAUUUCUAAAUUGGCUCGUUUUUCACGUAGUAUAGUAAUUAAAGUAAAAUAUUUGUAGAAAUUGAAUGAACUUUCCCAAAAUAGGAAGACAAAGUAUAUUGGGGUGACAGGUGGUAUUUGUGAUUCUUAACAAACUGUUAGAGAAUAUGGAAAGAUUGGUUUUCAGAAGCAUGCAGGCUUAUCAUCUUUUUCGAAUUGUUAAACUUAAAUUUUUUUAAAGUGCUAAAUAUGUAACCAUAGUAAUGGGGCUUAAUGAGUCAUUAUACCUGGAAUCCUUAUGUUCCUUAAUCUUUUCAAAGAUGGUGACAUAAGCAUUUGUUGUUUUUUUGCCCUGUGUCAUUACUUUGGCAAAGCACUUUAAUCAAUUUUUCUAUAUUUACAGUAAUGCACACACACCAUUGCUGCCUUCUGAUGUAUUUGAUAAACCUUGUGUUUCGGGUCCCAAAAAGUUGGAAUUCCAUAUCCCCUCAGAUAUACCAGUGGUCAAAGAGGGUAAGCAAAUAUAAACUGAAUUACUCAUUCUCCAAUUUAAUAAAAUGUAUUGUUUCCUAACACUACUAAUUCCAACAUUGUCUGUUCAGCUUAAAAAACAAUUGUCUGUGAAUUUACUUGUUCUUGGAGCAUAUUACUGAGCGUAAAAAAAAAAAAAAAAAAAAAAGUCUACUAGGGAGUUUGACAUUCUAAGCAGUAGUUUUAUUAUCAUUGAAUUAUCUGUCCAUGAUAAAAGUACUUUGUGUUUCAAUAUAGUAUUAAUUGUAGUAUUCUUAAUUAUGUUUUUAAUUUUCAUUUCCUUUUUAUUUUUUAAUAAAUUUGUUUUUAUAAAAUGUGAGCAAACGUGCUCUCUCUAAAUAUAAAAUAGUGCUCACACAAAAAUAUUCUAUAUAUAAUAUUUCACAAUAAUAUUAUGAUAACACUUAAAGCAACACUAUCUUGACCCCCCCCCCUCCUCCCCUAAAUAUAGUAAAAACAAAUAUUACAUUUAAGGCUGCUGGCUCUACCCCUGAUCUGCCUGCUCGGCUGACACCAUCAGAAGGGAUUUUCUCAGCAAAUCACAAUGCUUUUCUGUAGGAAAGCAUUGAAUUGUGUGAGAUUGUCAAGGAGGCAGAUCACGGGCAGAGCCAGCACAAGCCAAACACAGCCCUGGCUAAUCAGCAUCUCCUCAUAGAGAUACAUUGAAUCAAUACAUAUCUAUGAGGAAGUUCAGUGUCUCCAUGCAGAGGGUGAAUACACUGAAUGGCAGUGCUGCACAGGAAGCAUCUCUAGUAGCCAUCUGAGUGGCCAGUGGGGGUAUCUAGGCUUCAAUGUAAACACUGCAUUUUCUCGGAAAAGACCGUGUUUACUGCAAAAAGCCUGAACGAGAUGAUUAUAUUCACCAGAACAAAUACAAUAAGCUGUAGUUCUUCUGGUGACUAUAGUGUCCCUUUAACCAUAGAUAACAAAGUGGCUGUGGAAACGUCAAGAUUAUACAAAUGUUCCUUUUAGAACAGUGUUUUGUGCAUUAGAGGCUCAUUAUUGUUCGAAGCUGCUGUUGUAGGAAGACAAUGAUCCUCUAUUGCAAUAGUCCCACAAAGCCUUCAACUUGUGUUUCUGCUAUUAAUUAAUUGAUCCCUUUAAUUUACCGUAAGUACUUUUCAGGGGCUUUUAAUAAUACAGAAUAAGGCAACAGGGCACACAUAAAAAAAUUUAUAUCCUUACAAGGCUACUUAAAAAUCACCUUUUUAGCAAACAAAAAAGACUUACAGUUACACUGUAUGGCCAUGUCGUGUUAAGCCCAGCACUAUGUCAUAGCCCAAUAUUGGUGAGUCUGAUAUUAAUUUUAACAUGGGAGAUGAACAUGUUAAAUGCAAUACUUGUUGCUUAGUCUGCUUCUGUUGACUCUCCUCAAAUUUAUGCUCUCAUGUGGUCUCAUCCACAGCACCUGGAAUAGAGGGGCACUGGGUUUUUUAGAUCUAAAUAGAGAAAAGGGGAUGUGGGAAGCACACCCACAAUAUGCAUUUCUCAGCGUGUCCCAAGGCCCCCUUUUUUUGGUUCCUUUAACCCCUUAAAGACCAAACUUCUGGAAUAAAAGGGAUCUUGACAUGUCACACAUGUCAUGUGUCCUUAAGGGGUUAAAGGAAAACUCCAGUGCCAGGAAAACUAUCCGUUUUCCUGGCACUGCAGGUACCCUCUCCCUCCCACCUCCCAUGCCAGGUAGCUGAAUGGGUGAAAACCCUUUCAGGUCCCUUACCUGAGACCCCGCCGAUGUCCCUUGAUGGUGGUUUCAGGUCGGCGUCGCUCCUCCCAGUAAUCACAUCAGUCAGUGGGCGAGACUGAUCCCGCCGGCUGAGGAAACCUAACGCCGCGCACGCGCAUUAGGUCUCCCAAUAGGAAAGCAUUGAAAAAGAUUUUCGAUGCUUUCCUAUUUUGAAUUGAGCGACGCUGGAGGUCCUCACACAGUGUGAGGGCGUCCAGCGAAGCUCUAGCAAAGAAAAUCUUUGCUAUGAAUCAGGAAGUGCCCUCUAGGGGCUGUCUAGUAGACAGCCACUAGAGGUGAAGUUAACCCUGCAAUGUAAUUAUUGCAGUUUAUAAAAAACUGCAAUAAUUACAGUUGCAGAGUUAAGAGUAGUGGGAGUUGGCACCCAGACCACUCCAAUGGGCAGAAGUGGUCUGGGUGCCUGGAGUGUCCCUUUAAGCAUUUGAUAAAUAAUGUUAUGUCCUUUCUUUUUCAAUAUUUUUUACUUUUACUUUGUGUACCCAAUUAUGAAUACUUGAAGUGUAUUGCUCUAGUCCUAUUAAUAAAUUGAAAUUCUAUUUGCAAACAACAAUGUAAAAUAUAUAUGAGGUGAAAUGUAAUUGCUAACUGAAGGAAGGAAAACAAAAAGGUUAUUAAUAUAAGAGUAAUAUGCCAGCUUGCUUAGUAUCGUUAAGGGGGAGAGAGAAAAUGGAAAGAUGUUAAUUUGAACUGUUUGGAAAUAUGAACAAUUAAAUACUUUGGCAAUCUUGUGAUAAGGUUUUUGUUAAGGUGUGUAUUUUUAGAUUUUAAUAGUGGUUUAAAAUCACCGGUGUUACCAUCUUCUUUUUUUUUUUUUUUCUUUCUUUCUUUUAGAGUCAGAAAAGGCAGAUAACGAGAUUGAGGACGUGCAAGGUUUUGGAAAAAUUUACCCAGCCCCAGCACCCAAAGAUGAGAGUGAGGAGGAAGAUGAUGAUGACGAUAUGCCAAAGGACUUUAUUUCCAGGAGAGAAUUAGAGAAGAGAAGAGUGUCCAAAGAAGGUAAUGAAAUACACUGUGAAUUUCAUGACAGGUUUAAAGUUCUAUAAGGGGAAUUAUCAAAAAGCAAAUCUUCAUUACAUGGUGAUUCACUAAACUGCAAACUAUAGCAAUUUGAAAUCUGAAUGAAAAAAAAGUAAUAAUUACAGUGACAUUUUUAUGCAUGCUGUCCUCUAUACCAUUUAAAUAUAUACAAACCACAAGAUUGCAGCCAGAAAUCCUUUAUCUUUACACCUUGACUUGUUUUUUAUAGAAAUGAGAAAACUGUCUGUGUUCAAGAACUAUGACCCUGGAGAACCAAACUGCAGAUUGUAUGUGAAAAAUCUAGCAAAACAAGUUGAUGAAAAGGUAAGGAUGUUUGCACAGUCAAUUCACAUAUAUUUCUGUGUCUUACUGAUUCUUUGUUGAUUCUCAUAAUGUUUAUUUUCAUAGGAGCUGAAGUUUAUCUUUGGAAGAUUCAUUGACUUUUCAAAUGAAACCGAUAAGAAUAUGUAAGUAGGAAUGAAUUCAUGUGUACCGUGACACCAUAUAUCUUGCAUAGUGACAAACAUUCUCUAGAAUGUUGGGCCUACAUGUAUGUUGUGAAAAUUUUUCUAAAACUUAGUACCUUGUCAUCUUAAAUUAUUGUUUGCAAUCAUGGUAGAGACAUUUUAACACUUUUUCACUACAUCAAAAGCUGGGUAUUUGUCCCCUCCCCAUCCACUCCAUUGACUAAAGAUAUGCAGUCACAGGAUUUAUGUGUUCAAAAUUAAGUUGAUAUCACUUGCUUUUCUAGUAGCCCAAUCUUGCAUUAAGUCUAAACAUUUACUUUUUAUGAAAAAGGUAGAUUCUUUUUGUAUCCAUCUGAUACCGCUAUAAUUCAUUAAACAUGCAUUCUUAAAAAUAUCAAGAAUGUUUGCUUCACUGCACUAUUCUAGCAAGUCAAGAAUUAUUGAACCUGAAUUAGUAGCUGUCUAUUAUUUAUUUAUUGUCUUUAAAAAAUUACAACCAUUGUUAUUUUUUUCUUUUAUUGAAAAUGUUGAUAGGUUUGACAUUCGCUUGAUGAAGGAAGGUCGAAUGAAGGGACAAGCUUUCAUAGGAUUCCCCAGUGAAAAAAUUGCUGCCCAGGCAUUAAAACACGUCAAUGGUUACACCAUUCAAGACAAACCAAUGGUGGUUGUAUCCUUUUGCUGGAUAAUUGCAGUGUGGCGGUAUACCCUCCUGAAGAUGGGUUAAUACCGCCUGUGGUCGCACCUUCCAGUUGUGAUCCGCUCCAGAGUGAUUGUAGCUGCUGAGUAGUGAUUAUAGUUACUGCCGAGGGUAACCGUGGUAUCACCCAAACACUAGCCGAGACUGAGUGAAGGGUGAAGUCGAUCUGUUCAUUCCCAGCCAAAUGGCUCACAUUUAUAUAGAAUCUGGUACAGUAGACACUUCCCAAAACACGCCCAUAAACACACCCACAAAAUGCAUUGUCAUCGCAACUCAGCAAAAACAAUAACAAAUAUGAAAAACCAUAAACACAUUUCCCAUAUAGGAAUUCCCACAGUCCAUACAUUCCAGGAUAGCCUGGAUUUGAGCACACAACAUAUCCGAAAAGCACUCAGAUCCCACAAACAGAGCCGAAACUCCACCGUGUGGAAUUUCUGACCGGCCGCAAACAUGGUCCUAUGCCCAAAACAGUUCCAGGGCGUCUUGUGCUUUUGGCCGGUCAACUUCGGGAAUUCCAUGUGGAAGAAAUACCGAAUGCACACUCUGGCUUCUUGGUAGCGUUUCUUCGUAUGAACCAUACAAACAAACCUACCGAAUGGCGCUCUCCUGACUUGUGUGGGGAAGGAGUAGGUGUUCGUCCAAGUUCAGCGGUGUUUGGGAGUUUGUGUCCGAUUUUAGUUUCACGUGAUCGACGUCCAAACACCGCUGCCUGCAUUCUCCGAACAAGAUGGCCGCCACACAGUUCCCACGCGUUCGUGCAUACGAACGGCGGCCACCCUGCUGCAUAAUUAGAACCCACACUGAUAGAACUGUCAGGAGAGGUUAACAAGGGUCAAUAAGCACAGAGGUUCCCGUACAGUCCAACGGAAUCCCAUGAACCCAGUCUUUCAAUAUCCUUUUAGGCAUGGCCCAUAGUCCUGAGGCAGGAGGCUAGUAAGCAGGCUUUUCCAGGAGCCCGUGGGGAGGGCAAGUUCGCAACAUGCAGAUUGUCUUUUUUUUUCCUGCAGUUAUUUCCAAAUAUAAAACUAUACAGAGCUGAUAGAUGCCCUUUCUUCUCUUUGAUAACAUAUUUUCUUAUAAACUGACACUUCAGAGGAGUAAAAGAUGACUUUUAAAAAAAAUAAAAAAAAAUUUAUACUCUCCUUAUUUCCAGCGUUGCGCCAGUUUCUUCGAAGCUGGCUCUGCCUCCUUGGCGGAGAUCUUCAGAUGUGAAAAUUUCCUUAUUGAGAGUCUAUUGAGCAUGCAUGGCAAAACCCUGCAGUGCACCAAUCAGCAUCUCCUCAUAGAGAUGUAUUUAAUCAACAUUUCGAUAGGGAGCGUUCAGUCAUGCAGAGCAGAUACUGUAUGCAGCACUGACCCAGGAAGCACCUCUAGUGGCCAUCUGAGUGACUGCUACUAGAGGUGUUAAUAGGUAGUAAUGUAAACACCUUUUCUAUUUAAUUCUUACUGUACCUUUUAUUUUUCAUGUCCCUGAAAUGUAACUGAAACGGUAGUGUUUGCAUUAAAAAGCCUGCAGAUCAGUGUUUGCAUUUAAAAAAACAACAACCUGUAGUUGUUCUGGUGACUAUAGUGUCCCUUUAAGUAAUAAAUGAAAGGUUAAAAAUUGACACAUGGGCCCUAUAAUGAAAAGUAUAUUUAGGAGUAAAACAAAGUCAUACUGUAGCAAAUAUUAAUUAUGAUUUACAAAAUCACAUGGUUGAGGGAACAACAGCGUGGUUUAAAAGUAUACUUGAGUUGUCCGGAGUGAAAACUUUGAAGUAUACAGAGAAGAAUGUCUGUUACAACAUUAAGACAGUUUGUGAGUUUAAAGUAUGAUCUGUUUGUAAAUGAGUGGUUAUAUAUAUAUAUAUAUAUAUAUAUAUAUAUAUAUAUAUAUAUAUAUAUAUAUAUAUAUAUAUAUAUAUAUAUAUAUAUAUAUAUAUAUGUAUGUAUUAUAAGUGAGCAUUGGUUGUUUACUGUGAGACUGUCAACAGCAAAGAGGUAAGCCUGAUACACAGGCAAGCUCAUCUUGGAAAUAACAUUGUUGGGUUUACCGUGAACAGAGUUGUAAACCAGGGAAUCCGUAUGAGAGCAAACAGCAGUACAAUGGGUGGUUUAGCAAUAGAAUCAGGAUAUCAGAGCUGAGAUCAGAAGCCAGCAAUUGAAUAGAAGAGAAGGAAUUAGCAGCAAAAGAGACUGAAAGACAACUGGGUUACACAAAUGCAGCAGAUUUGGGUAGGACUCCAUAACCGAGAAAUGAUCAAUUACAGACAUGGGUAUAUAUAGGCAGGUAAUGGUUGUAUGCUAAAACAAUUUAACCUUGCUGUGGAGACAUUCUGACAUAAUUACCUUAAUUGAACAACAGCAAUUUGCUCGAUCUGCCCGACCCAAGACAAGUACUACUGAAACGCAAAAGAAGCGAUAGAUGAAAAGGUAGGUUGUGUAAAGCGAAGUGUAUCUAGGUGAUUGGCCACAGACGCUUUUAUGAUUCCUGGUCUUUUUGGGGAUCAGACUGAUAAUGAUAUAUAUUUUAGGUGUAUUUACCACAUAAAAGAGAAGGUAAAAAAACAGGCAUUUAUUUCUCCAUUAUUUUACACCUUAUAUUGCAAAUGCAACCUCCGCAUCAUUUUUUAAAUUUAAUUCAAUUCAGUUGAGUUCUCAUUGAGGGCUUCUUAACCUGAAAGAUAAAUACAAAUAGAAUUAAAAUAUUAUGACUCUCCUCCUUUAUCCUGUUAAAUUAUAUGGGCCAGACGAAGAUGAUACCUAAAGUAAAACAAAUCGAAUGCAUUAAUUUCACAAUUUACUUUCUUGACAUAAUUUUAUUUAAAUUUUUUUGCCUUAUCCUUACAUAUAAAUAGAUACUAAAGGACCACUAUAGGCACCCAGACCACUUCAGCUCAAUGAAGUGGUCUGGGUGCCAGGUCCAUCUAUGGUUAACCCCGCCUGCUUUAAACAUAGCAUUGUUUUUUUUAAAUAUGGGUUUAUCCAGCCUCUAGUGGCUGUCUCAUUGACAGCCGCUAGAGGCGCUUCUGCGCUUCUCUUUGUGAUUUUCACAGUGAGAAGACGCCAGCGUCCAUAGGAAAACAUUAAGAAAUGCUUUCCUAUGGACUGACUGAAUUUAGCCAAAGAGGGAGGAGAGUCCCCAGCGCCGAGGGUUCCCGGCGCUGGAGAAAGGUAAGUGUUUAACCCCUUCCUUCCCUUAGAGCCCCGCGGGAGGGGGGCCAUGAGGGUAGGGGGGACCUAAAGACCAUAUAGUGCUAGGAAAACUAGUUUGUUUUCCUGGCACUAGAGUGGUCCUUUAAGUCUUAAAUAUUAGACAUUGUUUAAAUUAUUACAUGGCAUUUUCCAGCCAUAAAUGAUAAAGGGCAUUUUGUAGAGAAAAUUGUAAUCACAAACAUAUGAUUCUCUGUGUGUUUGCAACUGGUUUGGUCCACAAAACGUUUUGAUUUUGCACAAUCUGUAGCUUGAAGUCUGCCUGCUACUUAAAAGAACUUUCUGUGGGUCACCAGUUCCCUUUUAUAUUGUAUUACUUGUUGCAAGAAAGUAGUCUUUAAAAAAACGCAACAAAAGCAAUGACAAACCAUAGAGUAAAAUGUAGGUAUAUUAAAAAAAAAGGUUGCACAUUGAAAUUUCAAAACUGCCUUUUGGUAUAUAACUAUAAUCUGCUUUAAAUGGACAUGCUUCACUGGACAAUUAUUUAUUUAAUUUUUAAACCAGCAAGCAAACACUUUUAAACAAAUAUACAAACAAAAGAAAACAGCCAAGAAAAACUUGAAAAGUAUGUAAUAAAUGUUCAGUUCCGAUUUCAUUGUUGGGCAUGCCUCUCAGCGAGAGGAGUUUCUUCAGCCUCUCCCACCCCUUUACCCAUGAUCUAAGUUUUAGACCAGUCCACUAGUGACAGAGACAGGGCCUCAUUGUGCUGAUGCAGGAGAGAGAAACACAACACAGGCACCUGCUCUGCAUGAAUCACUGAUCAGACUCUCUCUCUUUCCCUGUUGUAAGGUGAAGAGAUCUUCCUUGCUGCUUAUGCGUAAAUCUGUCAAGCAUGCCCAAUGUACUCUUCCAGCAUUACUAAGGUUAGAUCAGUGUUCCCCCUGGAGUGGGUGUGGAAAGCAUAAAUAAAGAAAAGCAGGUGAAUAUGAAAACAAAAUAUUUGAGGCAAUUGUUUCAUUAAAAGCUUCAUCUCAGUUAUCUUAUAGUGAUGCAUGUCCCUUUAAAGGGUUUUUAGAUGCUGAUCAUACAAUCCAUAUAUCAGAAGUUAUUGUAAACACUAGUCAACUUUUCUAUUCUCAAGAUGGAAUAUCGUGUAAACUUGAAAUUAUUCGUAACUGAUUACUUAUUGCUGAGAAUCACUUUUUCUACAAACAGGAGAGAGGUGUGUGAGUUGUUUUCUGUAAUUAUUACAGACAGUGCAGUAAAAACAGUUAUGCUAUUCUUCUUCCUAAAGAUGGCCGUGUAACUGCUGUUGUAUGAUGAAAAUGUAUCCUUUCUUGUUGUAUCCUUUUGUGUAUAAAUUGAUUUGCGUUAAAAUAACUUAUUAAAAUAAAAAUUAAGUAUGGAUUUCAUCAGUGCUUACAAAGUGUUGCACUGAUUCACCAAGCCUUCCUUCCGCAUCUUAUGAGAUGGUACAAUUCUACAUAUUUUUUUGUGCCUCCUCAUUCCCUUUGGGACCAUUACGCUUGAAUCCACAAAUCCUGUUUAUAUAUACAAUCCAAUACUAUGUUUUACACAAAGAUGCAUCAAUAGCAUAUGACAACACCUUUGUAUGUUACAGCUCCCUGGUUUCCCACAACGUAUACUUCCCUACCACAUAUUUUAAUAUCAUACUUAAGUUUUAUAAAAGGAAAGGAAACUUGUGUAUAUUUCAUGUGAAACAGGUUUUUUUUUAUUGCUUUUUAAACCAUCCCAAAAAAGAGCUAGUUAAAAAAUAAAUAUUACUAUAGGUUGUCUAGAUAAUAUUCUCUACCUGCGAAAAGCAGACCAUGAUAUAUUGUUGCUUGUUCUAGAUAUGCAUGCUGCUGAAUUUUCACAUUUGUCAACUUUUUUGAACUGCUGUCAUUUUUUUCUUUCUUUCUUUUUUCUUUAAGUUUUGCAAAGUGACUAUUUGAAAUGUUAAACCUAAAGAAAAGUAGGAACUACUUUUCUUAGUGUGUAACCUGCAGGGGUUGACAAAGGGUGGAGAUUUAGUCCAUGUCAAGCUCUUACCUCUUUCCAGCAUUGUCACUUCUUGCAGCAUUGUCACCUUUUCUCUGUGUUGACUCAGUGAGUCAACACAGCGCAAUGCAAAGUCUGACAUGCAUGACCUAGGAAGGGGAGACAUUGAGAUUUCCAGAAAGCCACAUACAGGAGACAUAAAAAUGGCUUCAUGAAAAAAGACCGAGUGGGACUUGAAAAAAGGUAAGUAACACUGAACCCUGGAUCACUCAAAAUCAUUUAGGGAGACCCAAAGAAAGGCUUGUGCCAUUCGUCAACUUUUCCUUGGACAGGUUAUUUUCUGUCUAAGUGACACUCCUUUAUUAUUUUUUUUUUUUUUUUUUAUUAAGAUAGAUUCUUUAUGGAAAAGCUCGUAACUGAUUUGGAAUCUCAUGGAACCAACGCAAUCAAAAGAUGUUCAUGAGAAAAAAUAGACUACUUUUUUUUUUUUUUCUCUUGUGUAAUAUUUGUUUAUGACCAUUCACUGUGCUUUUUUUUAUGGAACCUGUGUAAUUCUCAAUAGAUGUCUAUGGCAACUCCUUGAACAAGAGUAAUGUUAUCUUCAUAAGAUCCCAUUGAUUCACAGGAUCUUCCAUAGAACCUGUCCUCUACUCUAGUGCAUGUGCAGUAAUGAUAGGUUCCUGGCAGAUGAGGCUACCAGAAACGUAAAGAUAUCAAACCAGAAGACUGCCGUGACAGUGCAGCUCUAAUCUUAAAGGGACACUAUGGUCAUCAUAACCGGCAUACAGGUUAAUGUAGUGGUUCUGAUGUCGAUAGCAUGUCCCUGCAGCCUUAGCACUGUGAAAACUUCCUUUUCCAUUGCUGGCUAGUUAUAUGUUUAGUGGCGGUCACUUAGCCACGAAUACAGAGCUAGCCACAGUGAGGUGAGACUGGUGCGGCGUGGGGAAAAGUCAGUAAAACCAUGUUUUCACUGCAGAGACUGUGGGUGGGAAGGCAACCACCCUGGUCCUAAUUUGUCUUCUUACUGAUAAAGUAAUGAUUAUAGGCUUGCUGUCAGUGGAACUAUUUCUGGCUUGUCUCUGAGCAGUGCGGGGGGGCUGGUACUGGAGAAGGUUUUUGUCCGGCAGAAGAGAAGCAUGAACUCGUUAUGUUAGAUAAAAUAUUUUGUUUUCUGUAUGAAUUGCAAUUAACUAUCCUCGUUAAACACAGCUAACCUGUAUCUGCUAUACCAUAGAACAUUGUAACCUCUAUUAACAUGGCACAUUAGUAAACAUAAAAGAAGCCCCACUCUGAAUGUAAUGUUAAAUAAGUUUUUUUGUGUUCCAAAAAUCUGACCACAACCAUAAAGCGUAUACUUGUUACAGCUCCCACGUGUGAAUUACAGUACACUCACUAUAUAAAUUUAUUUAUUUGUUUUUUUUAUCUAUUGAUCUUCAAUAUCUUUUCCUAUUCAUCGCUUAUUGUUUUCUCCCUCAGUUCCCAUGUGAAGGUUUAAAAAAUAUAAACUGUCAAUGCAUGCAUCUAUAUACUUUUCUAUUUAUUUUUUUAUGCCAUGAAAAAAUAUAUCUAUUCAGACUUUAAAUCCAGCUUAAUUAUGGUUGCAUAGAAAAAGAAAAACCCCAAAUAUAAAACAGAUCAAAGAAAAUUCAAUAGACGAGUGCUGGUUGAUAUUUGGCAAACUACUGUAGAUAAUGUUUCCUACAAAGCUCAACAAACAUUUCAUCUAAACGUCAUGCCAAAGCUUAGCCUUUGCUGCCGUGGAGCCCUUCUGUCAUGCUUUAAUGAGCAAUACGAGCUGCAAGCUAAAAUAACACAUAGGUUGUAUGGCAGUAGUUUAAUUUUAUGUUUAAAAUAAAAACAAAAUGAGAUUACCAAAUAGCAAGCAGUGCAUCACUGAUAUAGUGUAUGUAACCAAUUUUUAGCUUUUUUACAGCUUUUUGUUAUACAGAAUUUGCAAGCAGACAAAAUACAUAAAACAAUGGAAUGUGCCCAUUCGAAUUUAUAUUAAAUUAAAAAAAAAUAAUAAUGUUUAAAGCAUAGUUAUUCCCUGCUAAUCGAUAGUGUAAUUUAAAGUUAUUAGCAUGCAUUCAUUUUAUAGCUAAUCUAAUUAUUUUUCAGAUGGUUGGACCGCAUGAGGUGACAGAUUUAAUUUUUGUAUAAUAUUUCAGGGCAAAAGGGUCUUCGGUGUUGGAGGACAAGACAAAGGAGCUGCACAGAACUAAUGCAGAAUAUUACCUGUAUAUUUUAAGUAUAGGUUUGUACAUUUUGUUUUUCAAGGUUGUUUUCAUGAAGCAUGUAAAUAAAAUUUAUUUUCUAAACUGUGGUCUGUCUUUUUUUUGUUUUUGUUUUUUUAUACACAAUUAUGGAAUGUUUUCAAGUUAACUCUUUUUUUUAUUGUGCAACAUGACCAACUGUUUUGGUUCCUAAAACUCUGCCACCUCAAAAUUACCUUUAUCGUUUUGUUUCUUCUUCUCUUCCUCUUUCAGAAUCCUUUAUUCAUUUCUGAUCUAUUUCUCUUUAACCCUUUAAGGACACGACAUGUGACAUGUCAUGAUUACCUUUUAUUCCAGAAGUUUGGUCCUUUAAGGGGUUAAAGCAUAUCUAUAUUUCCUACGCUUGUCUAUUGUGAAUAAAGGCUGGAAGUUAAAGGGAAACUCCAGGCACCCAGACCACUUCUGCCCAUUGGAGUGUUCUGGUUGCCAACUCCCACUACUCUUAACCCUGCAAGUGUAAUUAUUGCAGUUUUUUAUAAACUGCAAUAAUUACCUUGCAGGGUUAACUCCACCUCUACUGGCUGUCUACUAGACAGCCACUAGAGGGCACUUCCAGGUUUCGCUGGACGUCGCACUGUGUAAGGAUCUCCAGCGUCGUGCAUUUUCAAUGCUUUCCUAUGGGAGCGCGCAUGCGCAUUAGGUCUCCCCGGCCGGUGGGCGGGAUCAGUCUCUCCCACCGGCCGAUGCAACCAGAGGGAGGAACGGCGCGGAGGAAGAAGCAGCGAUGUGGGAGGAAGAAUAGUCGCUGCCUCAGGUUAGUGACUGAAGAGGUUUUCACCCCUUCAGCAACCGGGGGUUGGGGGGUGGGAGGGAAAGGGGACCUGCAGUGCCAGGAAAACUGAUUGUUUUCCUGGCACUGGAGUUCCCCUUUAAGGCAAGCUAUAGUUUGUCAAGCUAACAAAGAAAGAAGCUUGUCUUAAGCUCCACACUUUGUCAAGAUUGCAAAGUAUAGGAAAAAUACAUAAGACAAAGUGGUCUCUAUUUUAAUGUUUUAAAGAUAAAUGAAUCAGAAAUUAAGAAAAGAGCAGAAUCUUAAAGAGGAAAGGAAGAUGAAACAAUAAGGUAAUUUUAAGGUGACAGCCACUUUAAGUGGUCUAUUUAUAUGUACAUAGCAUAUUUGCUCCUGUUUUGUUUAGCUCAACAGCAUCUUCUUGUCUGCAGUUUCUUUAAAAAAAAAAAAAACUUUGAUUGCACAGGUUAAUCCAAGAUGCUCACCAGGAGCAAAUAAAAAAUCAAUCUUUAUUCUCAAUUUGUUGAAACUUUACAAAUUUAAAUUAUAAAAGGAGGAGAAAAAAUAUAGAAAAUAAAUGUAAUAAAGUGUGAUUCAACCAGACACCGUUCAUGUGUAGACAGUGCUUACAGGCGUAAUGGCUUGUAAUAGUGUUUUACCAGUACAUGGAUUCCUUGUCAUUAUUAAUUCAGGUUAAUAACGUACGUUAUUUUGUUUAUUUUAUGAUAUCCAAUAAUGUAUUGGCUAUAGAAGGGUAUACAAAAUGGUACACAUUUAUUAAUACUAGGUUCUUUAAACUGGGCAGCCAGUUUUCAAUUUUCUUGAACCCCUCAAAAGCAAACUUCUUGCAUUCCUUACUUUCAGUAGACCUCUUGGAGUAGAACAUGGUUCCUUUGUUGGAUCAAUCUCACAAUGUGAAAUUUGAAGGGCAGAUUCUUGGUUAAAAAGGCUUAAGUCCAGAAGUUAUUGACAUUCCUAAUUUCUCCUAGAAAAACUGUACUCAUGGAUUCUAUCUGCAUGUCAAGGUUUUCUUGAGAGCUUAUAUUUGUUAAUCUGUCCUUUUAUUAAACUUUCCAUUUUUGCAAGUGAUUUUACUGAAUAAUGGAAACCUUAACUUCCUGAUUUAGUUUUGGUAAACACAAAAUUUGCAAUGUUUGUACUUUGUGGUCACCUUCUUUAGGUGAGUGUCUUUCACCUCACCCUCUUGCAAAUCAGCCAAGCAGUCUGACCCACAAGUCUUCUGUGCCUGCUUCUUCUAUCUUCAGCAUGGGAACACACGCCAGGUGCUGGCGUUCCACGCCGUUGUAAGUUCUGCUUAUGUCUCUGCAGGGAAUGGCGAUGGUGCGUUGCACGCACAUGCUGGGACUCUCUGGCGGUAGAGCACAUACACAGAAAAUUAUUAGCAGUCUCAUGCUUUUUGAUGACUCUGCUGGCGGUGUUUCCGUGGGCCAUCCACCUAGCCCUGCCCCAGAAGUGGAAGAGAUUGAGUGCAAUGGUGCACAACCACUUAUGUAUCAGGAUGUGGACAUGUAAGGACCACAGCAGCACGUUUCUGAUGAUGACGAAACACAGGUGCCAACUACUGUGGCUUUCUGCAGCGUGCAAACCGGCAAGAAGGGCAGGGUUGAGGAGUGGGUGGAAGAGGAGGAGGUCCUAGACCCCACAUGAAAUGAAGGUCAUGCGAAUGACGUGCGCAGUUUGGAGGAAGAGGCGGUGGUUGCACAGAGGCAGCAGCACAGCAUAAGAGGGAGCAGGGUGCAAAAGUGGAGCGGCCGUCCCCUAGACGCCCACCGCACCCAGGGACCGAGCACACCAAAGCCAGCUCCAAGGAGUUCCCUGGCGUGGCAGUUCUUCAGACAAUGUGCUGACGACGAGACACUAGUGGUUUGCAUGCUGUGCAAUCAGAGCCUGCAGCGAGGCAUAAACGUUCUAAACCUGAGCACAACCUGCAUGACCAGGCAUCUACAAGCAAAGCAGGAGCUGCAGUGUAGUAAGCACCUCAAAAACCAAGAAAGUUCUCCGGCUCCUCCUGCUUCCUCUUCUGCUGCUGUCUCGCCCUCUUCCUCCACCUCUUGAGUCACAGUGGCACCUGUCAUCCUGCAAACAGAGGCAACGCCACCACGUCCACCACCGUCCCCAAGCAUCUCCACACUGUCCCAUGGAAGCGUUCAGCUGUCCAUCUCCCAAACUCUGGAGAGAAAGAGGAAGUACCCCCCUAGCCACCCGCGAUCCCUGGCCCUGAAUGCCAGCAUUUCAAAAUUUGUGGCCUUUGAAAUGCUGUCAUUCCGUCUGGUGGAGACAGACAGUUUUAUAAACCUAAUGGCGGUGGCUGUCCCACAGUACAUGGUUCCCAGCCGCCACUACUUUUCCAGGCGAGUCAUCCCUUCCCUGCACAACCAAUUCGUGGGCAUCACUGGAACGUGGCUGGGGGGAUACAGAGGACACAGACGAUAUAGCUCCCACAGAGGACAGCUUGACCUUGCCUCAGGGCAGGCUGGCACAUAUGAGCGACUAAAUGCUGCAGUGCCUGCGCAACAACUGCCGAGUUGCCCACAUUCUAACUUGUGCUGAUUACUGGGUGCCCACCUUGCUGGAUCCCCAUUACAAGGACAACGUGCCGUCCUUAAUUCCCUCACUGGAGCGUGAUCGGAAGAUGUGCGACUACAAGCGCACGCUGGUAGACGUGCUGCUGAGUGCAUUCGCAACUGAAACCGGGGGCUCAGUGGAAGCACAAGCGAAGGCAGAGGAGGAGGAAGAGGUCGCCAACGCAGCUGGGGCACCGCCAGCACCUCAGAAGGCAGGGUUAGCAUGGCUGAAAUGUGGAAAAGCUUUGUCAGCACGCCACAACAACCAGCACCACCAUGUGAUAUGGAACGUCUUAGCAGGAGGCAGCAUUUCAGCAACAUGGUGGAACAGUACGUGUGCAGACGCCUACACGUACUGACUGAUGGGUCUGCCCCAUUCAACUUCUGGGUCUCCAAAUUGGGCACAUUGCCUGAGCUUGCCCUUUAUGCCUUGGAGGUGCUGGCCUGCCCUGCAGUCAGUGUAUUGUCUGAACGUGUGGGUAGACUGACUGCAGCCCAGGCAGUCUCCCCAUGGCGGAUUGUGACCCCGGGGGCCAUGUGAUCGCUCAACAGAGUGGUCACAUGGUCACAAUAGGUGUCCUAGUGUCUGCCUGUGCUGACAGACAGUCUCCCUGCUAGUGUAAAAAAAAAAAAAAAAAAAGGUUUAUGUUAAUAAAAAAUAAUAAUUAUAUAUGUGGAUAUGAAAUUUUAUUCUAACUGUAUUUUGAUUAUAUAAAUUAAAAUACGAGAUAUACAUAUGUCCAUAUACAAAAUUACAUAAAUAAUUAUAUAAAUAUACAGGUAGACUUCAAACAUAUAAAUAUGCAUAUAUAUUUAAAUUCUAUGUUCGUAUUUGUAAUUUUUACAUAAUUCAGUAAUUUUAUUGAUUGCAAUUUGAGGGACCUGCCUGACAACCCAGGCCGAAAGUCAAGAUAAUUUCAUUUGCUAGCACUGUAUUUUAUCCUGUAACUUUCUAUGAUACCCUAAAACCUGUACAUGGGGGGGGGGUACUGUUGAAAAAAAAACUGCUAAAUAGAUUCAACAUUUUGUCCUCAGUUUAAAAAUACCUAGUGUUUACAUGCUUGUUUGCUUUUUUUUUUGCAAGUUAUAGGACUAUAAGUACAAGUAGGAUAUUGCAGUUUCAAAACAUACAUUUUUAAAAUGUAUCAAUAGUGACAUUGUAACACUAUUAUCUGUCAUAAAUCUCUGAAUAACACCCCACAUGUACAUAUAUAUAUAUUUUUUAAGUAGACAACCCAGGGUAUUCAAUAUGGGGUAUGUCUAGUCUUUUUUUAGUAGCCACUUAGUCACAAACACUGGCCAAAGUUAUUGUUCAUAUUUGUUUGUGUGUUAAAAAUGCAAAAAAACGCUAACUUUGGCCAGUGUUUGUGACUAAGUGGCUACUAAAAAAAGACUGGACAUACCCUAUUUGCAAUACCUUGGGUUGUCUUGUCUUGGUAUGCCUUCAUGGAGGUAAUUCUCAUUCCUGGGCUACCAUACGCUCUCAAAGGCAACGUAACCAACCUGGCAAUUUUCAAUGUAAAAAUAUUUGAUCCAUAUAUUUGACCCUGUAACUUUCAAAAACUUCGCUGAACACAAAAAUGAGUGGUUCAAAACAAUAAAACAUAUAGUGAUGAUAUUGACAGUGAAAGUGACUUUUUUUUGCAUUUUUCACACACAAACAGCACUUUUACUGAUGAUAUAAUUGUUGUGAUAAGUUUUAAUGUUUUGAAACACUAAUAUUUGUGUUCAGCAGUCUCCCGAGUAUAACAGUUUUUAUAGCGUUUUUGAAGGUUACAGGGUCAAAUAUAUGGAUCAAAUAUUUUUACAUUGAAAAUUGCCAGGAUGGUUACAUUGCCUUUGAGAGCGUAUGGUAGCCCAGGAAUGAGAAUUACCUCCAUGAAGGCAUACCAAGACAAGACAACCCAAGGUAUUGCAAAUAGGGUAUGUCCAGUCUUUUUUUGGUAGCCACUUAGUCACAAACACUGGACAAAGUUAGCGUUUUUUGCAUUUUUAACACACAAACAAAUAUGAACGCUAACUUUGGCCAGUGUUUGUGACUAAGUGGCUACUAAAAAAAGACUAGACAUACCCCAUAUUGAAUACCCUGGGUUGUCUACUUAAAAAAAAAUAUAUAUAUAUAUAUAUAUAUAUAUACACACACAUGUGGGGUGUUAUUCAGAGAUUUAUGACAGAUGAUAGUGUUACAAUGUCACUAUUGAUACAUUUUAAAAAUGUAUGUUUUGAAACUGCAAUAUCCUACUUGUACUUAUAGCCAUAUAGCUUGCAAAAAAAAGCAAAACAGCAUGUAAACACUGGGUAUUUUUAAACUGAGGACAACAUUUUGAAUCUAUUUAGCAGUUUUUUUUCCCAUUAGCUUUUUUAGAUGAGUAAAAUAUUUUUCAAGUAAAAAACUUAUUUUUUUUCAAUUUUUCAUCAAAUUUUAAAUUUUUUUUUUAAAUUAAAUUACAUGAGAUUAUACAAAUAAUGGUAUGUUAAAAAACACUUUUUGUCCUGAAAGACACAAUAUAUAAUUUGCAUGGGAACAGUAAAUGAGAGAGCGGAAAAUUACAGCUAAACACAAACACCACAAAAGUGUAAAAAGAGGCCUGGCCGCAAAUGUACAACAUCGCAAAAACAGUCCGGUCCUUAAGCAGUUAAAAAAACAGUGUUGGCUACCUCCUCCUCCACUGCCGCUUCCACCUACACCGCCACGGUCACCGCCUCCUCAACCUCCUACUCCACAUCCACCUCCUCCUCUUAGUUCAAGACUAUUAUUUUUUAAUUUUUAUGUUAUUUUAAGUGAUUUGUUUGCAGGGCACUUGUCCUACUCUUAUCCUCAUUUUACUUCCUUUUGCAGCCCUCUAGCCCUUUCCAUUAUUUUCAGAGGCAUUUUAGUGCCCAAAAGUUCGGGUCCCCAUUGACUUCAAUGGAGUUCGGGGUCAAGUUCGAUCCCGAACCCGGACUUUUUUCCUGAAGUUUACCCGAACAUCCAGGUGUCCACUCAACUCUAAACAUGAAGACCUUUUUAAGGUCUUAAGGAUGAAGUGCCUCUAUUGGGUGACAGCCACUGGAUACUUGUUAUCUGACAAACACAAAUAUUACUGUUUCAACAACAAAAAGAAAAAGGCAAUAGUUUACAUUGCCAUAGAAAAAGGAAUAAGGUACAGGCCUACAUUAAAUUGAUCCAUAUGCUCAGUUCCAUUCUCCUCUAUAAAAAAAGCUUUCAGCAUCAUACUCUCUAUUCCAUUUUAGAACCAAGAAGCAGGCCAUGCAGUUUUCCUAAUAGUGAGCUACACAAGUGUGGAAUAACUUACCGGAAAACAUUAAAUGUUCCAGAAAUUCUUUAACUAUGAAAAUGACUUCAUAACAACUGCUGACUGUUAUAUAUGUUUAUGUUUUGUGUUUACUAAUCAACCAAAAUAGUGACUAGCUAAUACUUGAAAGUUCAAUAUAUAGUUGACCUCUUCAAUUGCUUUUUUAUUAUGGGAAAUAUUUUUAAUCUUCAAGACAUUAAAUAGGUUGAUAAGCAUCAGAUUUCAUAAUCAUGUUCAGAUUCCUACUGGUAGUAUUUCUAUAUGAAAAGCGAAAUUGGAACUUCCAUGCACUGUCACAUAUUUGCCAGAUGCAAUUCCAAUUAAUUAUAUUGACCCAACCACACACAAGCUGACCGUCUCUGUACAUUGUAUUCUGAUAUAUUGGAAGGCUUGGCCUGAAGUUGUGGGAGGGGCGUAUGGACCUUUAAAAGGGACUCCCCCCUUCCUUACCCUACCGUGAUUGGUCUGCUGACCUGCUACCCCGCCCUCCACUUCCUCUAUUCACCAUACUCUUCUAAUGUAGGCCCACUUUAUUUACCGGCCUACAGCAUACGUCGGUUUCGGCACACCUCAACCGACAUUUUCCUAUCACAGGUUUCAUAUUCUAUGUACCCCCGAACACAAAUAUAGUAUAUACUACCGCAUACUUUAUUUCCUCUACUGGAGACAUGACAGUAUUUCUAAAUGUAUGCAGCUAUUUAGAACAACCUACUGGAAAAUAUGAUGCAGUGGUUUCUGCUGAGAAAUUACAUGUGCGUAAGUAAAUUUAAUGUCAUAUGCAAUUGCAGUGGAAAACAAACAAACCUACAAAAUAAUACUUUUAUAAUAAUGAAUAAAGGUUCUCAACUUAAAGGGACACUAUUGAUUUUUAAUAUGAAACCUUAACAUCCAUUUGAAAUUUAAGUAGAUAUCUAGUCAUAGUGACUUGAUUGACAGUGUGUCUUGUUAAUAAUACCUCUGAUACUUAGAUACUAGGUGCAUUUGUAAAUAUCUACUCUCUUAUAGAUCUAUUUCUUUUCAGUAGUUGCUCUUAUAUCCUUAUUUGCAGCUUAAUUUUACUGUAAAUAGUUUUUCUACAACUAUAUAAGGUCUGUUUUCUGUCUUGGAUAAGACCUCACUUGUCUAUAGUACUUCCAGCGUGCCACUGAAUUCGAGUUAAUGGGAAUUAUAAAACACGUGUGCUAUCCUUUGGAAUAAAUAUUGUAUAGAAGUGGUUUUACCUGACAUGUUUUUUUAUAUUUUCUAUGAAUCAUUUAAGAAGAUAUUCAUACUCAUAUUUGAGUAUAGAGUAAGAUUGGUAAUGCUUUAGUAUAAUUAUUACAUUUGCUCAUCUUACACUCUAUACCAGGUUUAAGCAUUAAGAGCGCUCACACUAUACCUAUAUUUGAUAUAUCUAUUUUUAAGUCUCUCUUUUACUUUGUGAAGCUGCAUAGGAUGGACAGCAAUGACAUGGUAAGUAUUUGCCAUUAACUCCAAAAGGAUUUGCUGGUUGUUGUUACAUUUUCAGAUUUUGCAUAGUUCAUUUUAUGGUUGGAAAUUAAUCCAUCAUGAGAUAUUUCUUCCAGAUUUGCCCACAAAGUAGGUAGCAGGUCUGUAUUAACGAACAAUAGGUCAUCAGCAUAUGCUAUCCACAGUACCAUUCCAAAUAUAGAAAGGCGCCAAUAGGGCAUUGCUCAUACAAAGUUUUGCUAAGGGGUCCAUAUAUAAGGAACAUAUCCAGGUCCACAUUCAAACUCCCUUAAGGUAGCGAACAAGAAGUCCCAGUCCACUCUGUCAAAAGCCUUCUAUAGAGAGCAGGGGGAUCAUGACUUACUCCCUCCUUGAUUAUGCAUCAGAUUUAGAACCUGAAUGUUGUUGUCUCUGACCUCUAGAGAUAAAACCUGUCUGAUCUGCUUGUAUUAGAGUUGGUAGAGAUUGUACAAUAUGUUGUGGUAGGGUCUUUGAUAGAAGCUUAACAUCAACAUUUAAGGUCUAAAUCGGAUGAUACUGGAGCAAUCUAUUGUGUCCUUGUCCUCUUUUGGCAAUAAAGUGAUAUUAGUUAGACGUGCACCAGUAAAAUUUUUGUUUCGUACAAGUGAUUUAAAUUAAAAAUUUAAUUCUUCAGUCUUGAAUUUCGUCUGCAAACCAUUCGUUUUCAAACUAAAUUCGUUAAAAAAUAAUUAGUUUUUGUCCAGUAUGACGAAAACAGCACUGCGCAUGCGCAAAAAAAAUUAAAAUGCAAGGAGGGAGCCAGCAGCUCUACCAACUCCCUCCUAAACGAAUACGAAAACCCAGACUUUUUGGACUAAAUCGUAUUUGUACGAAAAUUAAUGCACAUGCCUAAUAUUAGUUAAACCAAAAUGAGCUGAAUGCGAAAUCCUGUCUAGUAUUGAUUUGAGAGCAUCAAGCAGAAACAAACAAGAUUCUUAAAAAAAAUGUCUUAUAAUAAAGUAGUGGGAAACCAUCUGGUCCCUGGGACCUACCAGUUUUAGAGGAUUCAGAGCAAAACCUAAUUCCUCCAGUAUGAUCUGUUCCUCCAGAGCAGCUAGUUCUGCUGGUUGAGACUUUGGCAAAAACGUAGUGCCAAGGCAUUCAGAGAUUGCUCUUGCUCGUUCAGCGGUAGUCAUCAUAGGACCUUCCCGAAGAAGGUAGUAGAGAUUGCGAUAUGUGAGAAAAGCCUCAAAGAUACCCGUGGGAACUUGGGUUCCGUGGGUUGUAUAUUGUAGCGGAGAUGCAAUAUUCCCCAGGUUAUCUCCGCUUAUAAUCCAAGUGAGGCUCAGGAACAAGUAAAUAAUAAAUCCAUAGGCAAAGUUUCCAGCAGGUAAAACAACAGCAAUAUCCCCACAGCAAUCCCAAUAACUGGACGACACACAGUUUCAGGAGCAGAACUGAAAGCUUUUAAUCCACAGUCUCCUUAUAAAGCAUGCUCCCAUGCAAGGGAGGGAUUUACAGUAAUUAUUACAGUAGCCAAUCCUGUCCUGGUAACCUCCCACACAUCUCCUCCCCUCAGCCAGCAUCAUAAUCCCCUUAUCCAGUACAGUAAUUCCCCCCGUUUCUGGAUGUACCCCUAAACGUAGGGGUACCUCUUUAAAUCCUACAUCCCCGGAUACCCCUGAUCUGGGGGAACAACAUAUCCAAAAAUUAACCAGAUCAGACCAGGGGUUCGGGAAAUGUAUGGAGGGAAUAAAAUGACCGACCGCACGAAUUGAGAUAGCCGAAUACGGUUCCAUACGAAUGGGCCCUGCGGUCGGUCCUGGCAUAAGGGAACAAAAUACACGAAAGCCUCUAGCUAUAUUUUCUAUCUACCAAACGAGGGGCCGUUCGGUAGUUUGGAACCGAAUGGACCGGGUUUGUGGAGGUUCGCUUACUCGAGUGUCCGAUUUUAGUUCCAGACACUCUACGGCAAAACACCGCUGUUCGGGAGUUUUAAAGCGGCCACCCCCGAGAACAAAGGACGGCUACUUCCUAGUCAAUUACCCGUUCGCAACAAUGUUGCAACGGGUAAUUGAGGACACACUUUACACAGGGGAGGUCUGGUUGUAUUUUCAUUCGAAUAAACUAAGGGAAUGAAACUACCGAACAAUCAGAAGAAUACAAGGCUUUUACAACACAUAGAAAACUAGCAGAUCAUACGAAUGCAAUUAUUUCAAAGACAUUUGCAGGACAGCCCAGUGCCAUCCGCUACAUAUAUGGCCUGUGGAGUUGUGCACCUUGGGAAUGUACAAGUGUGCUUUUUACGUUGGUGUAGGUGUUUCACUGUUCACAGAGAUCUUUAUACUGACCGUAUGCAUGCUUAAUAUUGGAGUUUAUUAGAUUAACGUUGUGGCAGGCUUAUGCAAUGUAUGAUCAUAUAAUGUAACUAAACCCCCAUUAUUUUUGCCUAGAUUAGGUGUUUAAAAAAAAAAAAAAAAAAACUAAUAAAAUCUGUCAACAUUGAAGUUGCUGUUUAGUGGAUAGGCGAGUGCGCUGGAUCUUGUGUGUGUAUGUAUAUAGUCUAUUGUCUGUUUGUGGUGUUUCUUCAUAUCCAUUGAGGUCCAUGAGUAAUAAAGUGUCUUUGUAGUAAGUACCUAUUUAAUUCGCUUCCCAUAUAGAAAACCUUGAAUCUUAUGUGAGAUUUUGCACUAUAUAGUCCCAUAUGGACUAUAGAUUCCAAAAGAAGGGCUUAAUUCAAGUGCCAUGCACAUUGGCCGGACCUAAAAAGUUCUGACGUCAGAUCACAUCAUGUGGAGGAUAUCUACGCUACAACGUAAAGGAAGGUAAUAGUAACGCAUGAAAAAGUAAUACAUUUUCAUGUAUGUACCUUGAGACUGUGAGAAGUAAGUGUUUCUUUUGGUACCAGUGAUGUUCCUGGUUAAACCUGAAAUCAGCUGGUAUUUUGUAGAGUGACCGGACAGGGUGGGAGGGGACACCACUGGUGUCGUUCUAUGGUUUACAUAGAAACAUAGAAUGUGACGGCAGAUAAGAACCAUUCGGCCCAUCUAGUCUGCCCAAUUUUCUAAAUACUUUCAUUAGUCCCUAGCCUAAUCUUAUAGUUAGGAUAGCCUUAUGCCUAUCCCACGCAUGCUUAAACUUCUUUACGGGGUUAACCUCUACCACUUCAGCUGGACGGCUAUUCCAUGCAUCCACUACCCUCUCAGUAAAGUAAUACUUCCUGAAAUUAUUUUUAAACCUUUGUCUCUCUAAUUUAAGACUAUGUCCUCUUGUUGUGGUAGUUUUCCUUCUUUUAAAUAUAGUCUCCUCCUUUACUGUGUUGAUUCCCUUUAUAUAUUUAAAUGUUUCUAUCAUAUCCCCCCUGUCUCGUCUUUCCUCCAAGCUAUACACAUAUCAGGACAUAAUAAUAAUGUUCCUUAGCACUAAUCUGUUCCUUAGAAUUUGAUAAAUACAACCUCAAAAGAACAUCUACACACAGCAUAUUACACCGUGCCAUGAUAUAUUUUACAAAAAUGAAGCCAAAAUGGAGGAACCAUGUGUGAAAAUCUAUAAGUAGUAAGUGGCUAAGUAACAGACAGGUACUGCUAAUCAAAUGUACUUGUUUAAUUGACAUCUCAGACUCUACAGGCCUCAGUUAGCUUGUUAGAGGUUAUUAUUCAUACCAGUACAAUUAGAAAAAGACUGAACAAGUAUGGUUUGCUUGGAAUGGUUGCCAGGAGAAAGACUUUUUUAUCCAAAAAAGACAUGGUAGCAUGGCUUAGGUUUGCAAAGUUGCAUCUGAACAAACCACAAGACUUCUGGAACAAUGGCCUCUGGAGAGAUGGCGCCACGUUUGGGGGAAACCAAACAUAGCAUAUCAACACAAUCACCUCAUACCAACUGCCAAGUGCGGGUGGUGAUUUGGGCUUGUUUUGCAGCCACAGGAUUUGGGAAUCUUGCAGUCAUUGAGUUGACAAUGAACUCCUCUGUAUACCAAAAUAUUCUAGAGUGAAAUGUGAGGCCAUCUGUCUGCCUGGUAAAACUUGACCAAAAUUGGGUCAUACAACAAGACAAAUCCCAAGCACACCAGCAAAUCUACAACAGAAUGGUUGAAAAAAAAAAAAAACAGAAUCAAAAGAAUCAAGCUGUUACAAUGACCAAAGUCCAGACCCUAACCUGAUUGAAAUGCUGUGGUGGACUUUAAUAGAGUUGUGUAUAAACAAAUGCCAACAAACCUCAAUGAACUGAAGCAAAAUUGUAAAGAAGAGUGGGCCAAAAUUCCUCCACUACAAUGUGAGAGACUAAUAAAGUCACCCAGUAAAUUAUUAGUUUAAGUUAUUGCUACAAGCUAUUGAAUCAUAAGGUGUACUUAGUUUUUCACACUUGGCUACUCCAUGUUGACUUUAUUUUUGUUAAAUAAAUCAUGGCACGGUGUAAUAUGUCAUGUGUUGUUGUUCAUUUGAGGUAUUUACCCAAGUUUAAGACCUGCUAAGGAACAGAUUAUUGUUAUUAUGUCCUGAUAUGAACGGCACCAGCAGUGCCCCGACAGGUCACUCUACAAAACACUGGCUGGUUUCUGCAUCAACCAGGAACAUCACUGGUACCAAGAAUGCCAGCCAAAAAUGUGCUGGGUACAUACAGAUCAUUUGUGUUAAAUCAUAUAUUCAGGUGGGAAUUGUAAGGAUAAUUAUGGGGCAAAAUACAUUAAUAACCCAUAUUCAAUGCACAUAUCUGAUAGAUAAUGGCAGGUGCCAACCCUUGAAUAUCUGUAGGUCAUAGUCAACAGUGAGGGACCUCACUUAGCAUAGGAUGAGGCAUCUGGACUGACUGAGAAUCCCCAAGGUUUCAGCAUGGGAAGAGGUUGUCACUGAAAGUCACCCACGUCGACUUCAGCAGAGCUCCUGGUCACUCAAUCAAACUUUGUCCAGUUCUUGCAAAACUAGCAGCAUGGAACACCACCAGCAUGGAGAGGGUCAGCAGAAGAAGAGGGGAAAAAAAAACCCUUCCCCAACAACCAACCAACUACCAAUUUUUUACAGAAUAUUUGUGUUACAUCACAUACUUGGGUUGGAAUGCAAGGAAACCCAAUAAUAAAGACUGUUAAGCAAUAAAACAAGAAUUAAAAGUUCAGUAGUCCAGGCACAAGAAUGAUUACCACCCCCCUUCCCCUCCUGUCCCAAACAAAUAAUGAGAGCAACAUAUGAUGUCCCAUGGAGGGACUCCCGGUGGUGGCGCAGGGUCCUGUGGGCUCACUAUAGGCAAAUUUGAUAGCCAUGCUCUUGACCCAGCUAUAAUGGUCCCUGCGGCUUCAAAUGCAAAGAUUUUUAACCUGUGGCUUUUACCUUGUACUUGUAGGUCCUCUGCGUGAUCUUAUUCUCUGUGAUCCUUUCUUCAGCUUGGGUUACUCAGCCAUUCAGUGUCAGGAGGUCAGCUCUGACCUGGAAGAUCUCAUCCCGAAUAAGGCAAGAAAGCUGGUCUGUAAAUACGCCAUUCUGAGUGACCACUCUCCUACCUUAAUGGGGUGCUCCCCUGUGAAAACAGGGUGUGUCUGCCAUGUAGUGAGGAACUGCCAUAUGGACUGUGAGGUGCCACGACUUACUAACUAUAACUUCCAGCUGGUUCUUCCCACUCAUUGUGUGUCGAGAAGGGUAUGUUAAUUUGGGCCAAUUAUUGCUGAUGCUACAAGGAGCUGUAUAACUAAGAAGCGAUUUUCCUCAGCUGCUUGACAUACCCAUUCAUUUCAUUUUGACACAAUAAGUUAUUAUAGUUCUAAUUUAGUGGAUUUAGCAGUAAAUUUUUUUAACUAUACCUUAAUACGUUUUAUCUUUCAUGUAUACAUAUUUUGUAGCAGCUACUAUGGAUCAUAUUUACAAUUUGGAGUAAUGUGAAUAAUAUUAUACCUCUCUUUUUUAUCACUAUUCUGGCCAUUCCAACCAUGCCGUUAUUGGCACUGCCCUGCUUGGCAUGGUGGCAUACAUGUGAAGAUUUGGUGGUAGCUGACAGCCAACAUUUAUUCUCUAUUCAAUUCAAUUCAAUUCAAUAGGUUUACAUCGCAGCAAUCCCUGGUGAAUAAACUUUCCAUUUCAAGUCCUUCUUGAAUACAAAGUACUCACCAUUACUAUACAAAAAAAAACAGUCCUGCGCUCAAACUCCCACUACUCUUGGUCAGCAGCAACAACCAUAGUACACGUCAGCCCCAAUACAUAAAGUAAAAAAACAAUGAAGUGUAGUUUCAUAUAUGUUUGUUUAGAAAAGGGCACCUUUAAUAAUAUGCCACUUUAGAAUCAGCCUGAUUUCUCCCACUUAAUUUAUACAGUUUUUAUUAUUAUUUUAUUAUUUAUAUAGCGCCAUCACAUUCUGUAGCGCUGUACAAUGGGUAAUUGUAUGGGUAAUGUAAUGAGAACGUACUACUUGCAAAACAUUUUGCUGAAACUUAAAACAACAUUCUUAUAAGCAUUUAAAUACCCAAUACUUCAAAUUCUAAUUACCAUUCCAUGCGAGUCUGAAGUCAGUAUAUAGAUGACAUUUGAUUAAAUCUGAAAAGUACCUGUGGCUAUUCAUAGUUUUAUUUCCCCAAUAUAUAACAUAAUACAGUUUGAUCCAACAUAUUUUUUUUUUUACCAUGGGAUUCAGAGAAGAUUGAAUUUUAAUGUAUUUCCUUUAUGUAGAAAAGAGUAUAGGUUUAAGGCACAAAAUGUCUUUCAAAGGAUAAACUGUAAAAAUUGCAUUGAUGUCUUAGUAGCUCUCAGAAAGGCUAGCUUGAAAGGCCUACAAGGCAUGAUUCAAUACAUUUAGGAAAUGUUUUUUAGAAGAAAAAACCCUUUAGGAAAUGCCAUCUUUACAGAAUAAGUGUAAAUUAUUAAAACAAACUUUCUAGAAUAAAAUAUCGAGAUGAACACUUAGAACAGGUCUUUAAGAAGACAAUAAUUAGGGCAGUGAAUCUCCCUCAUUCGGCCCAUUUUUCCAUUCUAUCAGAAAAUUGAACGUUCUUUAAAGAGAUGAAAUUCUAGGCAUUGGGAUUUUCAUCUUGUAUAAGUAAAAUUUAUUUUCUUGUAAUAAUUUCAGAGAAAACUUUCAGUUCUUCUGAAUAUGAAACAUAUUGUCAUGUUUUUCUUUAACAAAUGCCAAACAAAAAAAUAAUAACCACUCACUUUUUAUUUUGAGGUAGUUUCAGCACGGCAAACUGAUGUGGCAAAUCAGCAGAGAGAUAAACUGGCAGUCCUUGAAAAUAGAAGUUUAGACAAUGUAUACAGGGUUAGUCCUUUAUCCAGUCUGGGUUCGGUUUAAUAGGAGAUCAAGGAGCAUUGAAGGAAAUUCCAAAAGCAGAGUUAAGGCCAGUCCAAAUUAGUUAGCCAGGAAAUUAAAGUUAUAGUUGUAUGUAGAGGACAUUCAGAAGGGAUCCGGUACACAUGGUCUCUUUGAGAGUGAUCCAAAUGAUAAGGGAGGAAGUUCAUGCAAUCAGUCAGAUUAACACAUUAAUUGUGCACUGAGGUGUUGGAGAUUGGAGUUUAAAUAGCCAAAGGCGUGUGUACUUCCAUGCUGUCUUAAAAGGCCAGUAAUAAAUGAAUAAAAUUCCUGACACAUUUGUUAUAAUAGAUAAAAAUAUAAAUUUUGUAAUGCUAUGCUUUUAAUGCAGGGGCGUACCUAGAGCAUUUGUAACCCGGGGCACCCCCACCUACCCACCCUCUUACCCCUCUUAAAAAUGUAAAAAAAUAAACUCCCACAAAUUUGCACACCCACCCCUAAUUAAAAAAAAAAAAAAAAAAAGUGUUGCCGUCAACAGACGUGGCCUCAAAGGCGCCGUGGCACGCACUAUACGAAUUGAUGGGGAGUGACUCAUGACACUGUCAGUAAUGGCACCCCCAGUGAGUGGCACCCGGUGCGGGUUCACCCCCCAGCCCCUCCUUAGUACACCACUGUUUUAAUAACAGCUCCUCAAAACUGUUUUACUUAGGCUAGCACUGGAUGUUAUGGUAAACAAGCAGCAAAUCACAAGUACCUUUUAGUUAUGAUUAAUUCCAAUUAUGAGCACUAACCACUUACAAAUAAAAGUGAGAUUUCUAGUGCUUGUUUAGUGCAGAUGUGGCAUCUUGAAUUUCCCAAAAAAUAGUCUCUUCUUUUCUGGCCAUGAGUAGAUAUUGUUUAAACAGGAUGCAGGGAAGCAGGGAUUUAUAGGUAUCCUCAAAUCCAAGAAGGCAUGAGGUAGUAUGGAAGCAAGACAAUAAGGAACAGAAUAUAGUGAAGUAGUUUAAUAGUUCUACUAUAAUAAUUUAUAGAAUUGUUGUAUGAAACUGUGCACUUGUAGUUAAGUGAACCAAUAGUUAAAAUGAUUCUAGACAUGUCCUGUAGCAGGAAGAGUGACCAGAGCCAUUACUGUAUUUUACAACAGAUACGUUCUCUAUCUCCACACUUAUUGUAAAUUAAAAGAUAAAAAUGACCAAUUUUGAAUGUCUUAUUUAGCUUUUUACCUUGGCCAAUUCUGGUUACAAAGCAGUAUUAUAAGAUUUACUCAUCUGUCUGUAUACACACUAUUAGGCAUUUCAUAGAAGAAAAGCUCCAGAAUGAUUUUGGGUCAGUAAAUUAAACUCUUCUUCCAGAUAUUGUAGGUCAUAUGAGGUCAGCUUUAUUGAAUUAAGUAGUGAAAUUCAUCACUAGAAUCCUAGUCAGAAAUAUGUACAGAAGCCCAGGAGCCCAGGGCCAAGAAUCUUUUCUACACUUAAUGGAAUCCAGAUCUCCCCUUGGACAUAUUCCUAGUACAAGCUUAAAGCUUUCGUUUUUAUUGAUUUUCCUAUGCAGUGCAAAUAACAGAUUGAGGCACUCUUCGGUCAUUAGUGUACUUCGGAAAAUCACUUUCAGCCUUUUCUGUUUAUACUAUAGGUGUCCUGUCCUCUAAUAAUACAAAAUGGGUUUAUGCUCUAUAUAGGUCAAGAACUGUAAUCUAUUUUUUAUCCUUCGCAGUCAACGUGUUAAAUGUAACACAUAGCUGCAAAUUGCCAGCCACACAAUCUUUUGGCAAUAACGGUCAGACUAGAAAUGAUGUAUUUAAUGUGUAUAUUUCAAAAGGUCGGAUUGAAUGCUACACCGCUUAAUUAUUAUUUUUUGUAAGCAAAUUAUUCUUAUUGGUGUCUAAGUUUAAGUUUGGAUGUUUGCUAUAUGUUAGGUGCCCUUGUAUAGGGAACUGUAUUUAUAUUUAUUUUGAGCACACUAUCCUAUCGGUAGUCAUUUCUACUACCUAGGCAACCUGCCCCUUACCUUUAUCCUCCUGCUUUGGCUCUCUGUUUUAGAUAUCACAGAACUGUUACUGUGUUGCCAAUCCACUAGACCAGGGAUAGGCCACAUGCGGCACUCCAGAUGUUUUGGACUACAUCUCCCAUAAUGCUCUUACACCCAUAAUGCUGGCAAAGCAUCAUGGGAUGUGUAGUCCAAAACAUCUGGAGUGCCAAAGGUUGCCUAUGCCUGCACUACACUGUAGGAGUUUGCACUGUGUCACUAAUAAUUAUGUAACUACCUAGGGCAGAACGAUCCUUUGUUGCUAUCAGAUAUCCCCCUCUGUUGAAUUGAUACAGUUACUAAGAUUGGCACUGUAGGAUCAUUACCACACCAACACUUUAAGUGUAAUAUACAGGGGAUCCAGAUUACCCUACUGGUUUUAGAUUCCAUUUUAUUUAUUUAUUUAAUUUAAAAAAAAACAAUUUAUACUCACUAUUGAUUGAAAGUUAAGUUUUAUUAUAUUAGGAUCAGUUUGUGAUUUACAUAUGGACUUACUCUAUGAUCUAUAUGGGUAGCAUACACUUUACUCUCCCUUUUCUCUUCUAGUUCUUUAGUGUGCGUUACCCUUUCUCUGAUUACUUUGAAGCUCCACCUCUCUGGUUUUUUUUUAUUGGGGUCUAGGAAACAUCAUGUGAUUUCAUUUGACUGACGUGCAUAACAAUACACAAAACUAAUGUGUAAUACAAAAUUCCACUAGUAGAUCUUUUUUUCAAAAACCUUAAAUGGGCUUAAAGCAAGCUCAUCAUCACAGAACAUGCACAAAUGCAAAAUCCACCCUUCAAAUAUUAAUUCAGCCCUGUUAAUGCAUCAUGCCAAGAAUCUGGUGCUCUCCAUGCAAGGUUUCAGUUCAUGUGAAUCUCUGCUAGACCGAGACUCUGUUAUAUUUUGCCUGCCAAUAUGCUUUAAAGGGACAUUAUAGUCACCAGAUGUCUAGAAUCAUUACCUUCAGACUUUUUGCUGUAAACCCUGUCUUUCCAAAGAAAAUGCAGUGUUUACAUUACAGCCUAGUGAUAACUUCACUGGCCACUCCUCAGAUGGCUGCUAGAGCUGCUUCCUAUCUCAGUCUUGCUUACUGUGUAUCACAACAUAUCAGUAUCCCCUCCCUUUGCAUGCAGACACUGAACUUUCCUCAUAGAGAUUCAUUGAUUCAAUUCAUCUCAAUGAGGAGAUGCCGAUUGGUCAGGGCUGUGUUUGAAUUGUGCUGGCUCUGCCCCUGAUCUGCCUCCUUGUCAGUCUCAGCCAAUCCUAUGGGGAAGCAUUGUGAUUGGCUCAGAACAACACUUCUGAUGAUGUCAGCAGACAGCUUGCUAUUUUGAGGCAGACAGGGGCAGAUCCAGCAGCUUCAGGCUUGAAUACAAGUAAGAAUUUACUAUAUUUAGGGAAGCAAGAGAGCCAGAGGGGCUAAGUGGUGGUUUUAACACCAUAGGGUCAGAAGUAUAUGUUUGUGUUCCUGACCCUAUAGUGCUCCUUUAAAGUUCCUUUCCGAACUAUAAUUGCAGCUCUAUGCUAUUUUGUCUACAGUCACACACCAACUUGCAAUAUUGUGCUGAGUUGGGAUGUACAAACAUAUUUGCAGACAGUAGAUCAUGGAAUGUUCUGAUCUCAAUGUGAGAAAUAGUUGAAAAGGCACUAACCAUUUUUUGAAAACUGAAAUAACAAACCUGAAAUAUGUUCCAUGUACACCUGUAGGACAAAAUUAUUCCACAUUAAAGUACUUAAUUGCUUUUUCAGUAUUAGAAAGGGAAAUUAUGAUUUUAUAUGCUUGUAUUAAAUGGCAUUAUAACUAACCCUUUUCCAUGUGUUGAAUUGCAGAAUGAACCCACGUGACUGUGAGAGAAGUGUGAAGAAUUCAUGUAUUUUUAAAGGGGUAUUCUAAGCAAUAUAACCAUUACAGCCCACUAUAAUGAUUAUGAUGCCUGGAUUCCCCUAACACCAUCUCCUAUUUCUGUAUUAAACUGCAGUUUUACACAAAUGUAGGACCAUGCGCAUUAUCAGUAUAAAUUCUGUCAUAAUGUGGCUGGUAUUUAUUAUAUGGUGGUGUCACCUAAUAUGCUCAGCCCAAAAAAAUUCUGCAUAAUGUUAGACCGAAAAUAUGCCUUCCAUUUGAUCCCAAUAGCUAAGAAACACAGUGUUUCCUCAGGUUUCAGUGCAAAGGAAAAGUUUGGCAGUGGACAGUUAUGGUGUUUGGCCUAUCCGCAAUGCACCAUACACAUUCUCCAGAAUAAUGAAAUCAGUGAUAACCCAUGUCAGACUAAGAUGUGGCAUGUGACUAAAUGACAUCCUGUUAAUGCACCCAGAUGGGCAAGUCCUUGCUUCUCAGAGGGACUAUCUUGCUUCCCUUUUACAAGACCUUGGAUUUGUAGUGAAUUUAUAGAAAUCAGUCCUAAUUCCCACUCAGAGCAUUCUCUUUCUGGGUUUUGUACUGAACACCAGCACCAGGACUAUGUCACUAGGAAUUCCUCAGGAAAAAUGGGACAAAUUAUUGGUACAUCUGACCUUAUCUCUCAGGCACCAGAGUUGGUCCUUGAGAGAUCUGGCAAAGGUUAGCAGGAAAUUAAUAGCUUUAAAACCAGCCUACGACUAUUCCCCUUUACUUUGCAGAAGAAGUCAGUUGUUUUUAGGGAAUCAAUUAUGGUGGGUGGCCAUUUUGAAACAAAAUUCUUUCUCCCCAAGGUCAGAGAAGAGUUUAAGUCUAUUCUGGUGUUAGAAAUUCCACGUCCUCAUCCCCUGUUAGAGCAGCCAUUUGCGGUUACUCUUACGUCCGAUUCCUCAAAUCACAAUUGGGGUGCGUUUACAGCCCAAAAUGCAAUAAGAGGAAUUUGGUCAGACCAAGACAGACUCCCUAAUAUUUUUUUUUUAUAAAUUCUUUAUUUUUUCAUGCUAGGUUUUACAGUUUGGUCUGUAGAGCCACGACAGCACAACAAAUCAAUAUAAACAAAACUGUUGUACAAUGUCAUGGCAGAGGAAAUAAAUGCACAGUUUUAUAUAAUAUAAUCAUGCUUAUACUGUAGGGUUAUAUUCAUAUAGCAAUCCUGCACAUUGUUAGUAACAAUAACUGAUGUCUGGAGUAUUGUUAUGCAGGGAAUAAGUGAGUGAGUGAGAGCUUCAGCUAGUGGUGGAGUGUCAGGAGAUUCAUAGUGGUACAUAAAUCGAACAAAAGAUUUCAUAACUAUCUGUUUGUGAUACGCUGAUCUAGGCUGCUCUUUCAUAGUAAGACGUAGUAGGCUAGGUGUGCUACGGUCACCUAUGGUGUGCUUCCCCGUUGAACAGUAGUUGCCUGUAACAAAUCUUAGUUGCUUAUGGUGUGUUAACCUGCUAAGGAGUGUAGUGGCAGGUUGAUCUGGUGUUGUCACCAUGUGGUCGCUGAUAUUUAGCACUAAGGGUUCCCUUAUGACCUGACACCGUGGGUGUGCUUGAUAGGCAAGCUACAUGGUUUGCAGACUAGUGAAAUUCACUUGUGAGGGCACAUUCUAGGUUAGUAAAGCGGCUGGCUGCCCCAGAUGUCCAGUGAGGACCGGGAUGUCCCCCGCUUGUCCAUGGGGGGGAGGGGGGGAGGAGGUAGGCAGUGGCUUUGCUGAGGAGUCUGUCCCAGGUUUCAUCUGUAUGGAGAGUGGCCGCCUCUCCUCGGAUUGUCCAUGGGUAGGCCUCAGCUGCUUGAUCGGGUUCCCGGUCAUAGUUCGUCUCAAGUCAGGUGUCUGCAUGUGCCCCCGGGUUUCCCAGUUUGUUUUCCUGCCGCCUUACUGGUGUGUCUUCCGAUUUUUGGGGGCAUAUACCCCAAGUAAUGUCGCUUGUGAGCCGGAGCGGUGUCUCGGCACGUCUAUCCAGCUUGGCGGUUAGGCUCUGCCCCCAGACUCCCUAAUAUAAACAUCUUGCAGUUAAGAACAAUAAAAUUAUAACUCCAGGGCCUAGUUCCUCUAAACCAGUUAUUGAUAUUGGUAAAAGUCCAAUCAGACAACAGGACAGCGAUGGCUUAUAUAAACCACUGAGGGGGCACAAGAUCAAGGGGUUCUUGUAUGGAGUCUCUAGAUCUUUGGUCUUGGGCAUUAGCAAACAAAGUUCGGGUUUACGCAGUAUACGUUCCAGCAGAGGCGAACAAGCUUGCAGAUUCUCUCUCUCGCUAGAGUUUGUCUCUGGCAACAGUUCAAUUAAAGAUUGCUGAUAGAAAGCAAUUUUGGCCAGGGACAAGUAGAUCUGUUUGCAUCUCAAAAAAUCUACUUGGAAUGUAGACCUCUUAUUACAUUUUUUUUUUUAAUAUUCUUUGGAUAACACUAAAAUUGAUUUAAGAUGGACUGCUAUUGAGUUGGCUUAUCUGCUGUCUUUGGCCUUGGCAGCUAGAGGAGCGGAGUUAAAGGACCACUAUAGUGCCAGGAAAACAUACUGGUUUUCCUGGCACUAUAGUGCCCUGAGGGUGCCCCCACCCUCAGGGACCCCCUCCCGCCCGGCUCUGGAAGGGGGAAAGGGGUAAAAACUUACCUUUUUCCAGCGCUGGGCGGAGAGCUCUCCUCCUUCUCUCCUCCUCAGAUCCUCCUCCUGGGCUGAAUGCGCACGCGCGGCAAGAGCUGCGCGCGCAUUCAGCCCGUCGCAUAGGAAAGCAUUUACAAUGCUUUCCUAUGGACGCUUGCGUGCUCUCACUGUGAAAAUCACAGUGAGAAGCACGCAAGCGCCUCUAGUGGCUGUCAUGAGACAGCCACUAGAGGAAUAGGGGAAGGCUUAACCCAUUGAUAAACAUAGCAGUUUCUCUGAAACUGCUAUGUUUAUAAAAAAAUGGGUUAACCCUAGAAGGACCUGGCACCCAGACCACUUCAUUAAGCUGAAGUGGUCUGGGUGCCUAGAGUGGUCCUUUAACUUAAAUUCAUAUUUCAGAAAAGUGGUUGUCCCGGUCCCCGGGGAGGGUUCCAUGUCAUACUAAAAGGGAGACAAAACUUCCCAUAUUUCCCCAGAUCUGGUGGAAUUGGAUUUGGUUCAAGAUCCUCCUGAACAAAGCCUAUGUUUAGUCAGCCUGUUACAAUAUUACUUUGACCUUUCUGCUGCUGUUAGAAAUAUCAGUCAACUAUUUAUUAAAUCAAGGAAUCCCUUUUGUCCAGCCAAAGUUAAUACAAUUAGAGGUUGGAUACUUUCUGCCAUGUCUUCAGGUGGUAGUGAUGUUUCUGUUUUCAAAGGCCACUCAAUUAGGGGCACCUCGACCCCUAAAGCAGCAGCAAAGGGCCUUCUCCUUCCUAUUAUCUUACAAGCUGAAAGGUGGUUGUCUAGUAAAAGCUUUGUUAGAUUUUACUGGAGGCCAUUAGAAGUUGAACAAUCACCAGGUGUGUGCUCUUCCAUCCACUAGCUUUGCUAGGUGGUUGUGCCUCCUGGAGGACAAAUCAGAGUUUGCAGGAAUCUAUGAUCUGCAAACUUUCUUUGUAUGAGGGAUGAGCAUAACCACCUAGCAAUAGCACCCGUCUCACCAUCCCCUAGUGUAAAGGUUUUGCCUUCUGGUGGUUUAUGUUUUUCUUUACAGAUGUUAAGGUUAUCUUGUGGUUAUUCGGCCUAUUUCUAACUGGUUUCUGUCUUUUAGAGAUUAUAACCGUACUCCAAGACAAGACCAACAAACCAAGGAUCCACCUAAGUAGGAAGACUGGAUGCUAGCAGUAUCUGCAACAUGGAAUUCGCACGUGCUCC